AUGGAGCAGGCAAUCAGUCCACUUAGCAUGACAGAGGGGACCGUGAUAACCCCCGCCGGUCCCGAGCCUGGACUAAGAGAUGUGGACCAGAACAUCAGCUUAGUGUUCUACAAGAGUACGAGUGUUCGCUCUGCCAGAUGCUGUAGGAUUCAGCAGGGUAAACCGUGCUUUUUCAGGCUUAGGCUGAGGAGCUCCAGCCAUGUGCGUCUUGCUCUGUUGGCUUUUUAAAGUGAUUUUAUAGUGCAAGGAAAACAAAGCAUGUUUUCUUGGCACUAUAGAAUCCUACAGUUCCCUCCCCGCCCCCUUCCUGUGGCACUGAUGGGGUUAAAACCCCUUAAAUCACUUACCUGAAUCCAGCUCUGAUGUCCCUCGGCGCUGGGUCGGGUUCCGUCCACGCUCCUUUCCAGCCAACAUCCGUGAUCGCAUUUGGAUUUCCCCAUAAGAAAGCAUUAUUCAAUGCUUUCCUAUGUGGGGAAAAAUCUGAUGCUGGAGGGCCUCACGCAGAGCAUGAGGACAUCCAGCGUCAGAUAACUAACCAAAGGUCCGUUUCAAACCAGGAAGCUCUAUAGUGCCUGUCUAGUAGACAGCCACUAGAGGUGGAGUUAACCCUGGAUAAUUAUUAAUAAUUAUUGCAGUUUCUCAAUUUUUUUUUUGCAGGGUUAAGGGACAUGGGACAUUGCACCCAGGCCACUUUCAUGAGCUGAACUGGUCUGGGUGCCUACAAUGUCCCUCUAAGUUUGUCUGCAAAGCCAUCUUUAAACAAAAUUCCUGUGUUUUAUGAUCGGUUUGCAGGUGAUAGUCGAAAAAUUUGAAUAUCGUGCAAAAGUUCAUUUAUUUCAGUAAUGCAAUGUAAAAGUUGAAACUAAUAUCAGAUAGACACAUUACAUGCAAAGCAAGAUAGUUCAAGCCGUGAUUUGUCAUAAGUGCGAUGAUUAUGGCUUACAGCUCAUGAAAACCCCAAAUCCACAAUCUCCGUAAAUUAGAAUAUUGUGAAAGGUGCAAUAUUCUAGGCUCACAGUGUCCCACUCUAAUCGGCUAAGUACACCAUAACACCUGCAAAGGAUUUCUGAGCCUUUAAAUUGUCUCUCAGUCUGGUUCAGUAGGAAUCACAAUCAUGUGGAAGACUGCUGACCUGACAGUUGUGCAGAAAACCAUCAUUGAGAGGAUUGUCAGGAAAAGGCCAUUCAAAAGUGUUGGGGACUUUCACAAGGAGUGGACUGAGGCUGGAGUCAGUGCAUCGAGGGCCACCACACACAGACGGAUCCUGGACAUGGGCUUCAGCUGUUGUAUUCCUCUUGUCAAGCCGCUCCUGAACAACAAAUGUCAGAAGCAUCUUACCUUGGCUAAAGAAAAACAGACCUGGUCUGUUGCUCAGUGGUCCAAAAUCCUCUUUUCUGAUUAGAGCAACUUUUGCAUCUCAUUUGGAAACGAAGGACCCAGUCUGAAGGAAAAAUGGAGAGGCACACACUGAUGCUUGAAGUCCAGUGUGAAGUUUCCACAGUCUGUGUUGAUUUGGGGAGUCAUGUGAUCUGCUGGUGUUGGUCCACUGUGCUUCAUUAAGUCCAGGGUCAAUGCAGCCGUCUACCAGGAGAUUUUGGAGCACUUCAUGCUUCCUUCCGCAAAUGAGCUUUAUGGGGAUCCUGACUUCAUUUUCCAGCAGGACUUGGCACUUGCCCACACUGCCAAAAGCACCAAAGCCUGGUUCAAUGACCGUGGGAUUACUGUGCUUGAUUGGCCAGCAAACUCACCUGACUUGAACCCCAUAGACAAGCUAUGGGGCAUCGCCAAGAGAAAGAUGAGACAUGAGACCGAACAAUGCAGAAGAGCUGAAGGCUGCUAUUGCAGCAUCCUGGUCUUCCAUAACACCUCAGCAGUGCCACAGGCUGAUAGCUUCCAUGCCACGCCGCAUUGAGGCAGUAAUUGCUGCAAAAGGGGCCCAAACCAAGUAAUGAGUCCAUAUGCAUGCUUAUACUUUUCAGAGGUCCGAUAUUGUUCUAUGUACACUCCUUGUUUUAUUGAUUGCAUGUAAUAUUCUAAUUUACUGAGAUUGUGGAUUUGGGGUUUUCAUGAGCUGUAAGCCAUAAUCAUCGCAUUUAUGACAAACACAGCUUGAACUAUCUUGCUUUGCAUAUAAUGCGUCUAUCUCAUAUAUUAGUUCCCCUUUUAUGUUGCAUUACUGAAAUAAAUGAACUUUUGCACGAUAUUCAAAUUUUUGGAGUAUCACCUGUAUAUGCUAGCUAGGAAUCCCUUGCUUUACAUUCAAAAAAAUGCUCCGCAGUGAAAAGGUUAAAGGAAAACAUACAUUUUUACACACUUUCAGAAUCUGGCCAUUAUCCGACCCAAGAUCACUGUAACUUACCCAGCUGCUAAGCAUUCACAGAGCAGUGACAUCACCUGUUGUCACCCUGUGCUGUGCACAGCCAGACAACUGGAUCACAACGCAAUCUGUUUAAUUGUAAUUGUAGACAUCACCUCCAUUCAUGCUUAGGUAGACUUUUUGCGAUAGUUUUGGACGGGUGGGCUGAAUUAAGUCUUUUAAUACGCACACAGACAAAUCGAUUGUCCAGGAUUUACCUGUGGAUUCUUAUUCUAUCAUUACAAAUCUAAUCUUAAAGGACCACUCUAGGCACCCAGACCACUUCAGCUUAAUGAAGUGGUCUGGGUGCCAGGUCCAGCUAGGGUUAACCCAUUUUUUAAUAAACAUAGCAGUUUCAGAGAAACUGCUAUGUUUAUGAAUGGGUUAAGCCUUCCCCCAUUCCCUCUAGCGGCUGUCUCAUUGACAGCCGCUAGAGGCGCUUGCGUGCUUCUCACUGUGAUUUUCACAGUGAGAGCACGCCAGCGUCCAUAGGAAAGCAUUGAUAAUGCUUUCCUAUGCGACCGGCUGAAUGCGCGCGCAGCUCAGCCGACGGGGAGGAGAGGAGGAGGAUUGCUCCCCGCCCAGUGCUGGAAAAAUGUAACUUUUUAACCAUUUCCCCCUUCCAGAGCCGGGUGGGAGGGGACCCUGAGGGUGGGGGUACCCUCAGGGCACUAUAGUGCCAGGAAAACGAGUAUGCUUUCCUGGCACUAUAGUGGUCCUUUAAGGCUAAAGUCUCUGGGUGCUGGGGCGGACAGUGCCCACAGACUAUAUUCCCUAUAACCAGUUCAAUGAACUGUAGUGGUUAUGGUGCUUAGAGUGCCCUUUUAAGAACCACUACUGCACUUGGUACAUUCCAUUAUUUCAGAUCACUUAGUCCUUUUUAAAAAUAUAAAAAAUGUAAAAAUAAUUAUUUUUAAUACUCCCACGUCUGGGUGUGUCUGUGCUCUAAGGGCUUUGGCAGGAAAAAAAAGAAUGAAACUAUUCCCUUAUCCCAGAAAAUGGAAUGUGAGAAUUAAGCAGCUGUCAUCUAAAUAAAGAAACAAUAUAGAGUCAAGGAUGAGAUUGACAGCAAUGUAUUUUAAUAUAAUUUAUCUUGUGGGCCACUCAAAGCACAGAGUCUUUAGCUGUGAUUAGAUUAAAACUGGGCCUCUCUGGUCCCUCUGCUCUGGUUUAGCUUUAAAAAAAAAAAAAGCCUUAGCCUGUCCAGUUCUGUAUUGUGUGAUGGUGCUGGGAGAUGGUCAAAUCAUAUACAGCACCCUAGGAGACUGCUUCAUAACCACUACAGCUCAUUGUAGUGGUUAUGGUGCUUAUUGUGACUGUUUAACCUCAUUUCUACAACAUUUAUUUCUUUGUUAUGGAUAAAUUGUGGCAAGUGUUUGAAAAAUUGGGUCAACAUAAGCAAGCACAUAUUACAUGUAGCACAAUACAGCUAUUUUAUGAAUAGAUUGGAUUUCAACUCUAUUUAUUUAUAGAGUUCAAAUAAUAUAAAUUGUUUUCACAUUCUAGUAAGGUUUCCAAAAUCUGUAAUAGAAUCACAUGUUCCAUCUAACAUCACUGCUUCACAGGAUUUACUCAGACCAAAGCCCCCACUUUUAUAUAAUAUCAAAAUGUUUUUGUUGCAUUUCCGAGUGCUACUGCUACCACCUUUCCCUGAUACCAUGGGCAAGCUCGGAUUUUUUUUUUACCAGUGUGUUGUAAGUGCGCAAGUGAGCUCAGCAUCAUAAAAUGACACAUAAUGUCCACAGAGCUUUUCGAGAAACAGCUUACAAGACAAAUGGAAAUAUCCUGGCAGUGAUCCCUGUAGGGAAAAUGCCUUAGUCAGCAGUGUUUAUUUUUUCGUUUUUGCUCACUGAUCUUUCCUCUUCAGGUUUCCUGGUGGAAGCACAGAUUGUGGCUCUGCUUUUGUAGUCUAUUUGUUUCCCUGCCAGUUACAGGAAAUCUGGCAUUGGUUGUUUGAUAAAGUUCCCAUGUAACUCCUGACACAGUGUGUUAUUUGCUUGUUCUGUGAGCUAAUGCAGUAGCUAGUGGCACUACAGCUACUUUGGCCUACCCCAUGUUAUUCAGCCAUAUUGGGCUGCCUGGGCAUUGUAUGCAACUACUAACUGUUUUCCCAUUAUUAUUCUCUAGUCAGAGGGUAGAUUAUGUGUACAGUGAAAGCAUAUUUUAAUCUUACAGACAAAAACAUAUGGAUUUCUCAAGGUGUAUGUAUUAAAGGAACAUUCCAUUAAAAAGUAACAGUUUAGUAGCUGCAGACCCCCGAAAAUAUGCAUGUUUUGGAGGUAUGUGAAAUAUUGGCUUGCAAAAGCUGCAGAUCUAGUUUCUGCAGCUACCGUAAGCCCUCCUCUUCUUCCCCAGCACAGACUCUCUGUGGCUGUCCAAUCAGAGUUCGCAAUGCAGCUCACUUUGCAUGGCAUGUACUGUGGUCAAUUCCCUGCUUCUUAAAGGAACCCUAUAGUGUUGGGCAUAUAAACCUGUAUUCCUAAAGCUACAUUGCUCCUAUCUCUAUUUAUAUUAGUGCACCUACUAAUGUGCAAUAAAAUGAGAUUAAAGGUUUUGCUAACCUUUUCACCAGUGUCGAGACUGCCUCUGUGCUACUGUCGCUCCACCUCCCACAACGUAAUUAGAAUGAUCUCCUGGAGGGACAGGGGAGAGAUCUGGCCAGGAGGAAAGAAAGCUGGGGACAUAAUGCUUACCCAAUACCCAGAGUCUAUUUGCUUUAUGUGCAGUCCUAGAUUACAAUUUCAGUUCCCCUUCCCACAUGCUUUUUUUAAACUUUUAACGCAGUUCCUUGGUGAGAUCGAACUUUAUUUUUACCAUAAAAUAUAAUUUCGAUUUUUGUUGAUAGUUGAUAUCGCCUAAGUUAAAAAGGUUAAAACAUGUGCCUUAAUGCCAAAAAUGAAUUUUUAAAGUAAUAAACCAACCUGACAGAUUCCCUGCAUCACCAGUUUGCAGUAGGUAGACUGUGCUGGUCAGCCAGUGUAUUAUAGGUAUGCUUGGUAGUGCAGAGUGCAUGUAUCUCUUUGUACAUAUGCUGUACGGUCACAUUUGUCUCGGGGUAUCUACUGCAAAGGGCUAGAGGAGGCAUUUCAUGGGGCCGGAAACAUGAGAUAUGCAUGGCAUUGACACUGAUGAUACCAUUGGAUAAUAGGGUUAUUUUAAACUUUUUUUUUUUUUUUUUUUAGUUUUGAUUAUUGCUCACUCUGCUAUAAGACCUUGCCACAGUAUAACAAUCUGUAAUGGUUUUUCCUGAGGAAGUACGUUUUAUACGAAACUUAUCGAAUACUGUGUACGGAGAAGUUUAUAAUUCUGUGAGAACAUGUGUGGCAAUAUACUGUUUUGCAGUAAAAGACUGGUAUAUUUGUAAAUGAAAACAAUAAAGAAGGUUUUAAUGGAUCAGCAACAUAUUGGCAUCUGAUUUGGGACAUUAUAGCUAUAUUCUUACAUAUAAGAUGAGGCAAUUGUCAUCCCUGGAAUUCCCUUUUCUUUGAGUUAAAUAGAGCCUGCGAGUGACUGUGCCUAUACAUAUUGUUGCUUUGUGUCCCAUCCUUCCAAAAAAACCUUUAGUCAAAGCAAAAAGUAGAUCUCUCAAUUAUAUGGAAAAUGUCUGUAACAUCCCACCCAUUCCUAGUGAGAUUCUUUGUAUGUUUGUGUGCAAUCUGCAGUCAAUUUUCCAUUUAUUUCAAUAACUCCCUGAUUGGCUAGCUAUUCCAGCCGCUUCCUAGUUGCUACUGACCUUGAAUCGACUUUGGUAAAGCUAGGCAAGAGUACUGUUUAGUAUGAAAAGUUUAAUUUUAAUAUAUUGUUUAGAUUAUCUAGUUAAAAAAAAAAGUGUAAAACUCUGUUCUGGAAUUUCAUUGUAACUAAAUAUGGAUUUAUAAAUAAAUGAUAAAUGCUGUUCUUUUCUAAUCUCUUCCAGGUUCCAAGUAACCAUGCUGUGUAUGAGAAAUACUUUCGUCAGGUCAGUUUUCUUGUGGUGGGUGGGGGAUUUGCUGAAAGAAAACAAAUGAUCACCUUUUAAUAUGUAAUUUUAAUAUAGCAACAUGUUCAUUGUCAGAAUAAUGCUACUUGUAUAUUCAAAGGCUUCUGUAAGUUAAACCGUAGAAAUAACUGUAGGUGCAGACAUUUUAUUCUUUAUUAGGGGCCAUACCAUGCCUGCACUAAAUAUUGGUUGCUUCUCAAAUUUUCCCCCAUAGUUAAAAUAUCUUUCGAUUUUCUUUAAUAAGACCUUACUCUGAUAAACCGUGAUAGUAACAUUACACAUAAUGAUGUGGUGAUCUGUUUACAUUCAAAACUGUCUAGAACAAGCCAAAUUUGUUUGCAAAUAUGUUUCCUCUGGGAAAAUACACACAAACUAAUUCCUUUAAUGCACAGAACUUGCUUUGAGAUUCGCUGCAGACAAGAUCUGGCUGGUAAACGAUUUCUCAAAACAAAUGUAAACAUUCAGAAAACAUGAAUUAAUCAUAUUGGAAUGUUACUUUAGAAGGAUAAAACUGAUUGUUCUUUGCAGAGUAUGGGACUCUGCUUAAUUUAUUCCAAGAUGCUUCAGAGAAAGAGUAUCAUAAGCAGUGUUGACAUUGAUCAUGAUGAUUUGGUGUUUCUUGCUAAGCAAUUCUCAAAAACAACACUAUGAUCAAUCUGUUCAAAAUGCAGAGUUGAGUAAAAAAAAAAAAAGUUUUUUUCUUUUUCUAUAAUUUGAAAGUAAAUUAGAUCUCAGGUGGUCUUAAUGUUUAGUACUUUCUUACUUUGCUUUAUUAUAUUGAAUUUUUUACAUUUUAUUUAUUGCUGUAUUGAAAUAUUAUAUUUGGUUGGAAAAAAUACAUUUGCAAAUACAUUUUUGGCUUCUUCGUAGGUGGAGUCUGGCAACACUGGACGAGUUUUGGCUGCAGAUGCUGCACAAUUCCUAAAGAAAUCCGGACUCGCAGAUCUGAUCUUGGGAAAGGUAAGCUAUACCAUCAUUAAUAUGUUUUAUAUGGUACAGUUUUUGUGUGUGUUUGUGUCUGUCGCUAGUGGCCAAAUCCAUUGUAUUUUAUUGUCACAUCAAUCUUCAGACCAUACUGCUUUCAGGAUAGACAAAAAGAUGGGAAGUCUUUGCUUACAGCAUUGGACUAAUGAUGGAGUAUUGGAUUGGCCUACUCUACCAACAGCAGAGGCUUUCUAUACGAACAAACAUUCACUGUUCUGUCCUUCUUGUUUCUAAAUGUAGCAUUUAUAUUAAGAGCAAACUUCUCGCCAUGUAGGCACUUUAGUUUAUUUAUUUUUUAUAUUUUUAACCCUGUGGCAGCCAUGUAAUGACCCUUUGAGAAUUUACCAAACUACAGAGUCUGAGUAGCAGUCUGAGAAAAAUAACCUCUGCUCCAUAGUGAAACACAAUAAAUUAAAUUCAAUGGGCAGAGGGAGAACAUCUAAACAUUUGAGACUGGUGACCAAUAAAUAGCUCCUAUCAACUACAUCUGAAUCACCAACUGGGGUGAAACUCUAUUUGGAUAAUGGUUUUAUUUUAUUUAUUUAUUACUGGUAUUUAUAAAGUCCUAUUGAUAUUGCUCCAAGAACUCUCUUCUCUUUGACUGUUGGCACCAAAUCUACCAUAAAGUAUCUAACAGACUCAUUUACUCCUUGUAACUCAAACCUUAGAGGAAGUGCUGGUUGAGCUAGCAGGAAAAUAAUAUCUGUAAGUUUCCUGUAAACUCCUGUGCAACGACUCAUUGAGAGGUGUGCAAUGCUAGACUUUUUGUUCAUUAAAAAAUAAAUCAAAAGUGCUGAUGAAAUGCACCGCGGCUUAGAAAUAAUUUAUUUUGAAAGAGUUCCCUGAAUGCCAAUAAGAAUUCAUGGAACAUCUUGCUUCUGCUAAUAGACUCAUUUUUUAAAGGAACACUCUAGACACCAUGUGCACGUCAUAGCAAUAAAUUUGUUAUGGUAUGAUGAGGUUAAAUCGUUAACGAGCAGUUUAACACCAAAAUCUUCAGUCUGGUGGCUCUCCCUGGCAAUUCCUUUUCUUUAUUUGAGGCUUAAAACGGGAAGCCUCAGACUUGGUGCUACUGUCAGGCUAAGAGCAUCAGAUGAUGCUCUCAGCUAAUUACUAGCUCUUUAUUCACAAAACAGAGUAAGAAACAUUCAUCAACUAUUUAACUCCUUUGAGGUAUGCUGUUCCCUGGGACCUCCUUGCAACAAGUUUAUUGCGAUAAAGUUGUACCGGAGUGUUCCUUUUAAACAUUAAAUUUUUAUUUAUUUUUUCAACCAAAGCAAGUGCUAGGAUCUCUGUGAAUUAUAUGUCCAGCCACAUACUUCUGUUUCACCAUAUUGGGACUUUUCAGUAAGACAUUCAGAAAGGCACUUGGUUUCUAGAUAUUUGCAUGCAUUACAGAGACACUAUAGGUACCCAGACCAUUUAAUCUCAUUGAAGUGGUCUUGGUGCAGUGUCCCUGCACUCUUAGCCCUUCAGAGGAACUGCAAUGUUUACAUUACAGGGUUAAGACAACCUUUAGUGGUUGUUCUUCUGACAACCACUAGAGGCGUUUCCUGCACUUAGUUUCCGGCAUCUUUAUAUCCCCAUAAGAAAGCAUCGAUUCAGUACUUUCCUAUGGGGAAGGUGUAAUGCCUGUGCGGCUUGUGCUCUGCAUACACGUGCUGAAAUUAAAUCUCAUAUAUAACAAUCUGCACAUGAUUGUAUCUACUUACCAGUUACUGUAACAAGAAAAUCUAUACUCCAUUUAGUUAAAGAUCUAGCAUAGGUUUUAAACGUGUAUUCCAUGUGUAUUCAUCUUGCGCUGUAUCCUCUCUCGAAUCUGCCUCGCAAUAUUUUGCUCUUGGGAUGAAUUAGAAGGGAUGAAGAAGUUAUUACAAUUUCAUGCUAAAGUUAAUUGAAAUGCAAUGCUCAAAAUAUGCAUUAUUUACGUGAGUACCAAAAUUACAUGUCAUUAAUAUGACUUUUUUUUUUUUUUUGCUUAUUCACUGUAACAUUAGCGGACUGUUUAGCAAUCAUCAAAAUUGUAUUUAAAAGAAAAACAUUUAUUCUCCUUCCCACUCAAAAAUGUCCAUAAGUGAGACAUCUAUUUAACUGAAAAUUAGACAGCAUUAUUCUUCCCAAAUAAAAUCUUUGUAACUCUCUACCUCUUCGAUUUGUUUCUAUUUGCACUGCAAUUAGCACCCAAACUAUAUAGAUUGAAAGCCUCUGCUCUCUCAUGUGUAUCUAUGCAUAUAUACAUUUUUUGAGCAACAUUUUGUUGAUUUGGGGAAUUAUACUAGGUCAUUGAUUGCCUUAUGUUAUUGUCGGCACCACAGUAGAUGUUACCGCUUAGUUAAACAUGUUGUUUGCAUUAUGAGUACCUUGUAUCACAAAUUGCUGUGUGCAUGGAAAGCUGCUCUGGACAUUUUUAGUUUCCUGUAGGAAUUUCGUGUUCCAGGAACUGACCCUAACACGUUUUGUCUUUCUGCACAGAUUUGGGAUUUGGCUGAUAAGGAGAGCAAAGGAUAUCUAAACAAGCAGGUAAAAUGAUUUAUUUUACAGUGAAAUCCUUCUCAAGUGCUGUUCAGGGAUAGCAAGAAAUUGAUUAGGCAAGAGAAGUGACUCAUUUACUGGAAUAAGGCUAAGUGUAAUGCAUGGUGCUGACUAGUUUAACAGAACAUGCGUAAAAUCACGCAGUAAGUCAGUGCUUGGCACUUCUUUGAGGUUGGACUCCAUUAACUAAAGAUCAGUGAUGGGGAUCAUUUCCAGUGGAUCUUUAGGUAUCUGAUCAUUUUGUGUAAAUACAGCCUCCCUUUUUUGCUCAUAAUUCCUGCAUGUCAUUAAAACAGAAGUAAAUUGUUUUUAUCCUGAUAAAAUUCUCUAUAAGAAUCUGGCUUUUGUUUUAUUAAGUUGCUAAUGCAAGGUAGGGUCAAUUUUCCACUCUUACAAAAGCUUUUUAAGGCUAAACUGAAACGUUUUUUUAGCUUCCAAAUAAUUUUGCAUCCUUUUUAAUUUUUAAAGCGAUACUCUAACCACGAAAACAACUUAAGCUUAAUGAAUCUGUAAGCGCUACGGAAUCUGUUGGCGCUAUAUAAAUGGCAAUAAUAAUAAUAAAGCCAAUAGAUGCUGCAAUCUUACUGCUCAAUUCUAUGUCUGUAUGUAAAAUAUAUUUAGGUUUAUUAUUUAAAAUUAUAACUUAUUAGUUAUUAUUGAAGUUCUUUCAAUAGUCUCUUUAAACCUAGUGCAGUAGUGCUCAUGCUCAAGAUUAGGUUUAACGAAAAAGCAUGAGAUUUGAAACGAAAUGUUAUUAAAGGGACUCUCCAGGCAGACGAUUUUAUUUACCUGGUUCCAGCGCCGGUGGCCUCGUGAAGGCACGCCCCCUAUUUCGUCAAAAUGACAAAAUAGGCGGGGGGGAGCAAUCAGACGCUUCCAUUUGGAAGCCUCAUUGCUCCCGUGUGCGCAUACGUGGCUUCGCUGCACAUGCGCACAUACUUCAUAGGGCGGCAUUCAUGCCACCCUAUGAAGUCCUGAGCUCACUACCGCAGAUGCGAGCGGUGUGCGCGGUCACAUGCUGAACUGACUGACAGCUCAGCUCAUGGUCUUUGCCUGCCCCCUCUCCUCUGCUGACAGGCAGGAGAGAGAAGGCGCGCACACAGUGCCUUCUCUCUCCUGCACACGUCAGAUGUAUUUUACUACGUCUGACGUGUACAUGGCCUUUUUAGGGCCAUACAUGAUAGGAAGUCCCUCUGGUAGCUGUCUGAGUGAUGGCCACCACAGGUAUUCCUAUCAAUCAAUGUAAACCCUGUAUUUUCUCUGAAAAUACAGGGUUGUAAACCCUGUAUUUUCUCUGAAAAUACAGGGUUUACAUUAGAUUGCCUGCAGGGAGCUAUAGAUCUCACCUGAACAACUACAUUAAGCUGUAGUUGUUCAGGUGAAUAUAGUGUCCCUUUAACUAAAGCUUGAGUUGCUAGCUACUUAAAGUGAAUUUCAAAUUAUAGGCCACAGUAGCUGCAUUAAAAAUAAAUAAAAAAUCACUUUGAAUUAACAACAAUUAACGUUUUAAUGAAUAACCUUUAAUGCAUUAAUGUAUAUGGAGGGGGGAAAGCCACCUAAAUGGUGGGUUUUCACUAUAGGGUCAGAAAUACAUGUUUGUGUAUCUGACCCUAUAGUGAUCCUUUAACUACAUAAGAAAGGAAAAUAAAAUGUCUGGUCUCCGAUAUAUUCAUUCUUCCUGCUGUAAACCACCAAGUUAGACAAGCCUAAAAACAAACAAAUGAAACAUGCACAGAAUCAUGCAAACUCGGGAUAUAUGGACUGUAAUCUUGUCAAGAUGACUAGGCAAGAAAGCUUAAUAUCAUCUGAUCCUGAAGCUUGUAGAGAUACUACAAUAAAAAUAUACAGCUGAGUUCAGCAAAAUAGUGUCCCCAAACACCACCUCUCCAGGCCCAAGCCAAAAUAUAAACAUGAGGGGCAGACAAGGCACAACAGGAUACUAAACAGGCAACCCUCUCCAGGCCGGGAGGUCAGCCGUUUCUCCUGCCCACAGAACACACUUAGUCUAGAUUCCAACACCUCAAGCGAUGUUGCUGUCUGGGAAGGACAGGACACAAUCACAAGGGUUGUAAUUCUCUCUCAGUGCUUCCAAAUCCCAGAUAUGUAACCAGCUUACCAUGAUCAACUGACCAUAGCCCACUGAUACUCGGCAAGUAUCUUAGUAGCAAUUUUAAAAUUGGAAAAAGCAGAAAGUAUCACAAGCUGCCUAACAAUAUUUAGGAUAAUAUACACAUUUUUAAGUAGAUGUUGGUAAUGUAUCAAUUGCAUUUUCUUUAACCAAUGAACCAAUAAUUUUUAUUUAUUUUUUUAGGAAUUUUUUGCGGCCCUGCAGCUUGUGGCCUGUGCUCAGAAUGGAAUGGAAGUGUCCCUCAGUAGUCUUAAAGCAGUGGUGCCUCCGCCCAAAUUUGUAAGAGAAUAUAGUUUUACUCCUCUUUCUCUUGGAGCCUCCCUUUCUUGGCUUAUACUGGACUAGAAAUACGCCUGUGGGCUUCUACAAUGUGAGGUCCAAACCAUCCAAUUUCUUACCAUGAGACCCUGCAUGUUAUGCUGGUGUAUAAAUCUUUGACAAUUUUAUAAUAAUGUCCCUUAGCAUCUAGAAGGAUUAACAAGAUCAAUUACUGCAUGUUUGUUUUUAUUUUAGCAUGAUAAUGAAAGCCCGUUGCUGGUAGGACCUGCGGUUUCUGCAGACGUUCCAUGGUCUGUUAAGGUGAGUCUUCAUCCAUUCAGCAAAGCUAAUGACUGAUGUGAUAAUGUCUUUGUUAGAUUUAUCAUGUAACUCAUGUGGUAAAUAGCAGAUUGCACUGUUUGCUGCUUGGUGUCCUAAAUAUCUCUGGAUUAAAUCUCCUGUAUUGAAUCAGAUAGAGCCUCGAGUUCUUCAGCAUGACACCCCCGAUAUUGUAGAAUUAUUCUGUCUAACUAGAUGUUCAGGGAUGUUUUGCCUUUUCCCUUACCAGAAUAGACAACCUUGUCUGUUGUAUGUUUCAGAGAUUAAACCAAGUAUCCGAUAUUAAAGGAAAAACAUUUCCUUAUUCUUUAAAAGAAAAUAAUUUUGAGUUUAGUGGAUGCUUCCAUGAUCUCAUGUGUUGAGGGUAGUGGAUGCAUGGAAUAGCCUUCCAGCUGAAGUGGUAGAGGUUAACACAGUAAAGGAGUUUAAGCAUGCGUGGGAUAGGCGUAAGGCUAUCCUAACUAUAAGAUAAGACUAGGGACUAAUGAAAGUAUUUAGAAAAUUGGGCAGACUAGAUGGGCCGAAUGGUUCUUAUCUGCCGUCACAUUCUAUGUUUCUAUGUAUGCAUAUGCAAGUUUUAAAAGACUUUUGCAGGAUUUCAUAGGAUAUUGGAAAUCAGAUGCCAGGUUGUGGAGAGUUUCUGUUGUGAUGCAGAUGAGUAAAAUAAAUCCAUAAAAAGACCCAAUAAAGGGAUAUUUUCAAAUGAAAUAGAAAUAUUAAAGGAACACUAUAGUUACAAAAACAACUCUAGCAUAAUGAAGCAGUUUGGGGUAUAGAUCAUGCCCCUGCAGUCUCUCUGUUCAAUUCUCUGCAAUUUAGGAGUUAGAUCACUUUGUUUAUGCACCCGAGUCACACCUCCCUGCAUGUGACUUGCACAGCCUUCCUAAGCACCUCCUGUAAAGUAAUCUAAUAUUUACACUUUCUUUAAUGCAAAUUCGGUUUCAUUUAGAAUUUCUUAACUCCUGCUCUGUUAAUAGCGUGCUAGACUCUGCAGGAGCCUCUUAUAUGUGAUUUAAAGUUCAAUUUAUAAAGCAAAGGUAAAAACUUUUAAAGUAAGUAACUUUUUCUGAUUGAAAGUGAAACAAUUUUUUUUUUUCAAUGCAUGCUGUGUCAAUCACAGCCAGGGGAGGUGUGACUAGGGCUGCAUAAACAGAAACAAAAGUGAUUUAACUGCUAUAAAUGGCAGAGACUUGAGCAUUGAGACUGUAGGAGUACAAUCUAUACACCUAAACUGCUUCGUUAAGUUGUUGUGGCGACUACAGUGUCCCUUUAAUAUUAGCUGUUACGUUUUUAUUAGCUGUUACAUUGUGUACUUAUUAACAUAUGUUACUUAUUUCAUUUAUUACAUUUUAAAGACGGUCCCUUGACUAUGUGAAUAUAUUUAAUCUGUGCAUUGUGCUUAUAAAAUCACCAACAAAUGUAUGGAUCAGAAAUGUACAUGUCGGAGGGGCCCUUUUUUUCUGAAAUGAUUUGCUAGUAAUUUGUGGCUUGGACAAUAAAUAGAUGGGGUUUUAUUCUCUGUGUAAUGUCAACAAGUUCUAGAUUUGUGACUUACACUAAUGGUAACUGAAUAAUUCAAAGGCUGCUUUACAAAUAAAUAAGUAUUCAAAUUUGUUCAUAUUAUACAAUAAGAAGUAAAAUCUAGGACAUUCAUUUCUUUAAAUAAAUGUCCAACCAAAAGUGGACUUAAAUUACAUAGGGUUUUUAUUUGAAAUUCUGUGUCUUGUAGGAACAUUUCCCUAUUGGAAGCUUUCAUAUUGCCAUCUUAAAUCACUCCUGCCACUUGGAUGAUAUAUUGGAACCGACAAGGGUUAGAUAGACAUAUUUGACAGUUACUAAAGAGUUAUAAGUAUCAGCAUUUUUUCAUUGCAUAGCCAUAGCUUUUGGCUGGGGAAAAAUAUGUUGUUAAAAGCAUUCUAAAAGUUUUUUUUAUAUAUAUAUAUAUAUAUAUUUUAUUUUUUGAGAGGGUUUCUAUAGCAAGAGAGCGUGGAACUAAAUUUUUUAUUUAUUUAUUUUGGUGUAAUGCAACAGGUGGAAGAAAAAUCCAAAUAUGAUGCAAUCUUUGACAGUUUAAUCCCUGCCAAUGGGUUCCUGUCUGGAGACAAGGUCAAACCUGUGCUACUCAACUCCAAACUGUCUGUUGAGGUCCUGGGACGGGUAAGCAUUGUAUUAGUGUUACCCUGUCUGGCUGUAGAUUUUCUGCCACCACCUCGCCUGUAACCAAAUCCUUAACACUCAAAAAGUAGAUAUUUUUUAUUUAUUUUUUAAAGUAUAAAGUCACGUGGUGGUUGAUUAGAGCGGUGAUUAGAGCACUCAGACUGGUUUAUCCUUUAGUGUGAUAGAUGCAGAACGGACUUUGUUACAAUUGUUCAGAUAAUGAGGUGCGAGGGUAGGCUGUUACGGUGUGUAAAACUGUUAUUAUCAAGACCCAUGAAUAAUACAGGUACCAUUUGCCCAAGCAGACCGAAGAUAUUUCUAGGACCCAGAUAAGGAGCUGUGCAAAUAUAUACUAUUCAGGUUCAGCUACUUUCAUAUUAAAUGUGAAAUUCACUUUGAUUUUUCAAUUAAGUAAAUAAUUGAAAUUGCCCUUUCUUACAUUUAAAGACAGUGACUCUAUAUAUAAUGGUUUCGACCCUCCGAAAAUAUACUUGGGUGCCCAUAGUCACUGUUAUGGGAUCACCUUUAAUACGGGGUGCUUCUAAGCAACACAUCCUAAAACUUUGCAAUACAUAUUUUACAUAAGUGUCCUUUGAAAAAUGUGAUCUAUUUAUACUUAGAUAUAUUGACUAAUCAAUUUAUUGGUAUGUGUAAUUAUUUGUAUAUUAAUGUACAGUUAGUGCAUGGUCAUGAAAAAAGCCAUUUAAAGGACCACUAUAGUGCCCAGAGGGUGCCCCCACCCUCAGGGUCCCCCUCCCGCCGGGCUCUGGGUAGAGGAAGGGGUUAAACACUUACCUUUCUCCAGCGCCAGGCAGGGAGCUUUCCUCUUCCUCUCCUUCUUCCUAGCGACGUCAUCGGCUGAAUGCGCAAGCGCAGCAGGAGCCACGCGCGCAUUCAGCCAGUCUCAUAGGAAAGCAUUCAUAAUGCUUUCCUAUGGACGCUGGUGUCUUCUCACUGUGAUUUUCACAGUGAGAAGCACGCAAGCGCUUCUAGCAGCUGUCAAUGAGACAGCCACUAGAGGCUUUAGAGGCUGGAUUAACUCUCAGUGUAAACAUAGCAGUUUCUCUGAAACUGCUAUGUUUAUUAGAAAAAAAAGGGGGUUAAUCCUAUCUGAACCUGGCACCCAGACCACUUCAUUAAGCUGAAGUGGUCUGGGUGCCUAUAGUGGUCCUUUAAUUUUAUGUUGACACUUUUUUAGAAACAAAUCUAACAUGAUAUUCUGUCCAGGUCUGGGAGUUAAGUGACAUCGACCGUGAUGGAUUAUUGGACCGCGAUGAGUUUGCAGUUGUAAGUAAAUGUUAAUCCUACUGAGUUUGCAAAUUAAAUUGCUACAGUAUCAUCAUUGUAUAGCAGCCUAUGUGUAGAUGAGUUGUCUGUAGGUAUUCUGUUUCGAAGUAUACAUUCUAUGUUUUUGUUUAUUUGCUUUUUAACGCAUAGUGUACACCUCCCUUUCAUUUUAUAUUGCAAACUUUUUUUAUGUUUGUCUUUUGUGUCGCUACUUUUCCAGUAAUUGUAUUGCUACUCUGGCUAAGCCAAAAACAGUGCCUCAGCCAAUCACCAUACUCGAGGAUUGGACCUUGGAUAAUAUGCAAGCACAGAGUUGCAGUGGUUAUAGUGCUUUGACUGUGCCUGUAAACAGAGAAAAAAACAUUUGGCACUGGUUUUUCUGAAUUUUUGAAAAAUAUAUUGAUUUGUUACAGUUGCCUUGAACAUCUUAUUUUCACAUUUAUAGCAUUUUGAAGCUUGGGCUUUGUUUAGGGGUAAAAAUAAUUUUGUAGGCCAUAGUGGUAAAAUGUACAAAAAAGGUGGUGUUAACCUGUAUUCAAAAAUAAAACCAUUAUAGAAUAAAAUAUUCUUAGAUUUGUAGCUGCUACCACACUGAAUUUGUAAACCUCCAAAAAUACACAAAUGUUAAAUCUCAAUAAAAACACUGGAGCCUCUAUAUACCCUUUAUAGUGCAACAAAUUUGCAAAUAUGUGCUUAGUGCAAUACGUCAAUUACAACACUUAACUGUCAUAAAUCGCCAUCUGUGACCUUUCUUUAAAAAGGAAAUAUACCUUAGUAUAUAUAUUAGAAAAAGGUUUCUUAUAUGGAACAUUCACAUGGUCCAAAGCUAAUGAACCUAGCUCUGUUGUGUAUAGCCUUUUAGGUCUGUAAUAAGUGCAGGAACUCAAUGAUAUUACCGAAAACCUGACAUGACCCGACGCGACCUAACCCGGAAACAAGGCCUGGAACACAAUGCAACCAGCCUUCCAGGUUAAGGCCUCUGUUCCCUUCUCCUACAGAGAGGGAAAUGUCACCCAAAGAACUGACCUAAAGGCUAUACACAACAGAGCUAGGUUGAUUAGCUCUUGACCAUGUCAAUGUGCCAUAUAAGAAUUUAUUUUCUUAUAUAUAUAUAUAUAUAUAUAUAUAUAUAUAUAUAUAUAUAUAUAUAUAUAUAUAUAUAUAUAUAUAUAUAUAUAUAUAUAUAUAUAUAUAUGUAGUUAACACAAUGCUAAACAAAAAUCUGCACACCAGUCAAGCCAUAAGACUUGCUUUUCCCCAUACAUUAAAGUUUUACACAUUUGUUCACCAUUUCUGUUAAGUGUUUUAAUUGAUGUAUUGCACUAAGCACAUAUUUGUUGCACUUUAAAGGUAUAUAGGGCUCCACUGUUUUUUGUUUUUUUUUGUUUGUUUGUUUUUUUGACAGUGGUAAAAUGACUAAACCUCCAUAUAUCAUAAACUAAAAUUGUGUGUGUGUGUGUAUGUAUAUGUGUGUAUAUAUAUAUAUAUAUAUAUAUAUAUAUAUAUAUAUAUAUAUAUAUAUAUAUAUAUAUAUAUAUAUAUAUAUAUAUAUAUAUAUAUAUACACAUAUAUAUAUAUAUAUACAUAUAUAUAUAUAUACACAAAUAUUUUAUAUCAUAUUUUUAUAUAUAUUUUUUUUUUUUUUUUUUUUUUUUUUUUUUUUUUUAGGCAAUGUUUUUGGUUUACUCUGCCCUUGAAAAGGAGCCGGUUCCCAUGUCCUUGCCUCCAGCUCUGGUGCCCCCAUCGAAGAGAAAACCAAUUCAAUCUGCAGCAUCACCUCCAAUCAUUCCUCCACUUCCGAUGCCACCUUCCAAAGAGCCGCGUCACUCGUUGCCACCAGUUGGAAUCCUGCCAACUAAAGCCCCAGCGGCGCAGGUAGAGUACAAUUAAAUAAUAUUUGUAGCUGCCUGUUUUAGAGUGUACUGUGAUUAUAGUUCACUCGUUGUGUUUAGCUUUAUCAUUUUCAAAACUCUGACAGUGUUAUUCCAUAACUAAGAAUUGCUGGAAAUGUAAAAUGAAUUAAAACAUUUAGCAAAAUGCAUGCAGACAUUGGAUGCAUCCACUUCCACUUGGGUGGCAUCACUUUAUGGCAAUUGCAAUAAAGUGUUGCUUUAAUAAUUUGUAUCCUUUUUUGAAAUGUAUUGCCUUCAAAUGGCCAAGUCAUGAAGAAAUGUUUCAAAAUUUUACAGCAGAUUACAUCUAAUGAUUUCCUAUGAUCUUUUUACGUUUAGUGGGUUGUGUCAAACACCGAAAAAACUAAAUAUGACGACAUUUUCCAAAAACUAGACAAAGAUAUGGAUGGCUUGGUUUCUGGAGUGGAAGUGCGAGAGAUCUUCCUGAAAACAGGUUUGCCUUCAGGAUUACUUGCCCAUAUCUGGUAAGUUGCCUUAUUUGUUUCAUGGUGACUGUAUAUGCCAAAUAUUGUUUUACAAAAAGUCACUGGUUUAUACUUUUUUAUGAUGUAGAAAUCAGAAUGUUCCAUAAAAUUAUGAGAUUAGCCAAUACUAUUUUUACGUUUGCAGACGUCAAAACAAGACUUUAUGGCAGAUCUUGCAAGAUAGAUGUCCACUAAUAUUUUACAAUGAAUUUCAAUACUCAUUACUCAAGAAAAUGACCAUAAUCUCAGCUGUCAAUGACUGGGCUUAAAAGUCAAAUGCUUAACGGAGACUGCUGUAAAAAUUCUCUAAAGGAGAACAGUGACGUCAACAACAUCUUAAUAUAAUGAUUCUUUCAUUAAGUUUUUAAAGGAAAUGAUUGUUAAAUGAAGUAUUUGUGUAAAAAAAAAAAAAGUGAGAGAAACUCGCCCUAACUUUACUAUAUGACAGGAUCUUUCAGCCAUAUACGUACACCUCGGGUCAGACAGGGUUUAAAUAUGACCGUUAUUGGGUCUGAUGAUGUCACUGUGCGGGGAGUGAAGCCAGGAAGACCAUAGAGAGUAUAUAAAGGUUUUCAAACACUGUCUGGCCCAAGGUGUACGUAUAUGGCUGAAUGAUCCUGUAAUGUACUAAAGGUAGGGAUGAGAUUUUCUUUUCUUUUUUUCUUACACAUAAAUUCAAUUUUUAUUUUUUAUUUUAUUGUAUUUUAUUGCGUUUUGCAUACAAAUGUAUACAUCCUCAUCAAUGUAUGAAAGGAAAAAAGGAUAAAGUAUAAUGACUAUUACAUACGAUAAACUAUAAGUGCUGAAACAUUAAUCUUGUAAAGAAUAUCUGCUUAUAAUUCCCCUAUAACCUGUCUGAGAGACUUAUGGACACCGGUAAGUCAUUCGUUAGGCCACAGCAGAACUAGUCACUUGUAAUAAGCAGGCAUGUAGGAGCAGUCUAGCAAGCCUCCCUCACCAUCUGAAUCUAGAGUGUGUUCUUAGUUGGCUUGUUUCGGGUCAGCAAAGUGCCUUCCCUUGGGUCUUUGUGCAUCUCAUCUUGGGUUCUCCUUGAUGUUUCUACUUCUGCAUGUUAGACUUUAAAUUUUAGACUCUGCAUUACCGUCUCAGGAUCUUCGUCCGAGGGGAAUGUAAUAAUCUUGUCUCCUAGUUGGAUUUGCAAGACACCGUCUGCUUCCCAUCGGUAACGGAACGAGUGGUCCCUCAGCGUCUUGGCCACUGGAGCCAGUUUAUGCUUCUCCACUAGUGUAGCAAACAGGAUGUCACUGAAGAGUGACACAGACAUUCCCUCAAACUUUGUCUCUCAGUAUUCUGGAAUGAACCAUAAUUGCUGUUCCCACUAUGAUGUCUCUGGUGGCAAUGAUUGUAUCUCUGGGGGCUGCAACAGCUUUGCGUACACGGAAGGCGGUAAGUAUCAUGGAUGGGUCCAAUCCUCCCUUUAGGCCCAUGGAGGCUAUCAGCUUUUGGGAGUAGUGCUUCCCCAGUUACCUCUUCUGGUAUGCCUCUCAGGCGGAUGUUGCAACGCCUAUGCCAGGCUUUCAUCGAGACCACCGGGUAAGGGUCUCCAGGUGGGUCUCAGUGUUUUUUAUUCGAGCGGCUUGUGCUUGUUCCCUCUCCUCUGAGCUUCUGUAGGAGAACGCCUACCUCCUGUUGUGUCUACUGGAGGUCUGCUUUCCACAGUAGCGGUGGAACUGCCGCCGGUGCACCUGCACCGGGCCCCACAUGCCUAUGGGGCACAUGAGGUGGCCCAAGCAUUUAGGGCCACCAGAUGGGCCCUGUAUCUUCAGGGGCCCGGUGAGCGCUGCGGCCGUGUAGUAGCGCGACCGAGCACCUUUAAAAUUGCCAGCCGCACCGCAAGUACUGCUGGGAGGAACGGACUGCCAAUCACUUCCUCCCAGCUCACUCCGCGCGGGAUGGAGGCAGUGAAGAGGUAGAGCCUGCCGACUCCCAUCAGCCCCAGCCACCCUCCUGCAACGAAAAGGUAAACAGGAGGGUGGCUGAAAAAUUACGUAUGUAUGUAUGCAUGCAUGUCUGUCUGUCUGUCAGUCUGUAUGCAUGUCUGUUGUCUGUCUGUCAGUUUGUAUGUAUGUAUGCAUGUCUGUUGUCUGUCUGUAUGUAUGUAUGUAUGCAUGCAUGUCUGUAUGCCUGUCUGUCUGUCUGUCUGUCUGUCUGUCUGUCUGUCUGUCUGUCUGUCUGUCUGUCUGUCUGCAUGCAUGUCUGUAUGCAUGUCUGUUGUCUCUGUCAGUCUAUAUGUAUGUAUGUAUGCAUGCAUGUCUGUAUGCCUGUCUUUCUGUCUGUAUGCAUGUCUGUUGUCUGUCUGUCAGUCUGUAUGUGUGUAUAUAUGUUUGUCUGUUUCAGUAUGUGUGUGUCUGUCCUUUUGUAUCAGUGUGUGUAUUCCUGUGGGUGUGAUUUGGAGGCUUCCACUGGCUGUUAAGUCGGUAGUAUAACGGGUUAAUCUCGGGAUGGAUGCGGAGCUCCACUAAAACACGUCUGCACGGUUGUAUGGUCAGACACGCCCCCCCACAUAAACUUCAUUUAAUACAGAAUUCAUUUCCUUUUAAAACUUGAAAUGUUCAUUAUCCUUUAAUUAACCCCUUAAGGACCAAACUUCUGGAAUAAAAGGGAAUCAUGACAUGUCACACAUGUCAUGUGUCCUUAUGGGGUUAAAGGGCAUCUUUUAUUUUUUUCACUUUUUUUUCUUCUCUUUAAUCUUGACUUUAAUUAGUUUCAGCACUCUUCACUUCUCUGCAGUAAAUCUGUACUGUAGAGAAGUGAAGGCGGCAUCUUCCAUAUAUAUUGGCUGUCAUACCUUAGUUUCUGAAACUAAGCAAGCAACUGAAUCCUAGUUAGAUGAAGAUCCCCCAAAAAUGAAGCAGACUCUCUUGAUAUGCACCCCAUCUUUGAUAGCCAUCUAUUAACCUCGUAAAUCUCUUAAGCAGCAAUUUAUCAAAUCUAUAUUGGUGUUAAAAACACAAGAAAUGGGUCCUUUAGGAUAAUAGUGUGUUUGGUUUGGUAUAGAAGUAGUUUCCUAUAAACACAGUAGUAUUUGAGAGUUUUGCAGACAAAGUGACCAAAUUCUUAAUAGAUUGCUGACUUACAGAAUUGCUACAAUAACGUUGAUUCCUGCCAAUAGACCGCAAGAUUUCAUGUAAAGAUACUGAAUGAUUGCAUCUCUGUGGCUAACCACUGGAUUAACUGUAUCUGAUCUAGACCAUUUUGUUUUGUGACAUAUGCCGUUCUACCGAUGGCUACUUUACAUGCAUAGUUAUUAGAUACAUUAUAAUUAAAUGUGCACGUAUUGCUACCUAAAUACUGGGGUGUCAUGCACAAAAACAUUGUCUGAUGAGAUGCCUUGAUUUAUUUUUUUACAUUUUCUAUAAUAGAUUUUCUUUUCUUUUGUUUAGUGUUAUCAUACAGCUCUGUAUCAGGAAACUGAUUUUUUUUUUUUUUUUUUUAAAUCCACAAAUACCACUUGUGCAAGCAUUGGUAUACAUAAUAAUCAACUCAUGGGUUUUAUUUUCUAACAGUGUUGGUGGCGUGCCAAACACCAAAUUAAAUAAAUACAAAUAUCACUCAAGAACCUUAAAUUUAUAAUGCCAUCAUUAUAGCAUGGAUCCCCCUACCACCCUGAAUGCUGUUUUUAAGCUGCAGUUUUUUAAAACCGUGAUUUAAUAUCUGCAACCAGCCAACCACUUUAAGUAAUGCAUUGGUCCUGAAAUUUCAUAGUGAUUAACUUUUAAACCAUGUACUACGUGACUAGUAUUAUUUGCACACUGUGCUAGAUAAGUUGUAUAUCUAAAAAGUUAAAUCUAUUUAAUUAUUAGUGUUUGCAACAUUGUAAAGCCUACAAAUAUUAUGGCGCUCCUAGACACUUGUGGAUGGUGUCUUGCAACUCCUAGUGUGCUUCCAUGUGCUAAGAAUUAUGUGAUGCUGUCCCCAUUUUUACUUUAAAGAGAUUUGUUGUGGUGACAUUUAGGCAUAGCUAAUUUGAGCCUGGUUUAUAAUGUUUGAGUGAUUGUUGCACUGAUACUAAAUCAUGCAAACGCAGUAAAUGCGCUAAAAAAUAGAUGACAUAAAAAUGUAAAGACAAUUCCAAACCACCCAUAUUUCUAAAAUAAUCUAAACUUAAAGGGAAACGAUAGUCACCAGAAUUACGCUAGCUUAUUGCAUUUGUUCUGGUGAGUGUAAUCAUUCCCUUCAGGCUUUUUGCAGUAAACACUGUCUUUUCAGAGAAAAUGCAGUGUUUACAUUAAAGCUUAGGGAUACAUUCACUGGCCACUCCUCAGAUGGCUGCUAGAGGUGCUUCCUGUGGCAUUGCUGCACAGUGUGACUGGCAUUCAUUGUCUCCAACCUCUGCAUGGAGACUCUGAAGUUCCUCAUAGAGAUUAAUUGAUUCAAUACAUCUCUAUGAGGAGAUGCUGAUUGGCCAGAGCUGUCUUUGGCUUGUGCUGGCUCUGCCACUGAUCUGCCUCCUUGACAAUCUCAGCCAAUCCAAUGCUUUCCUAUGGGAAAGCAUUGUGCUUGAUUCUGAUCACCACUUCUGAUGUCAGGCAGGUCGGGGCAGAGCCAGCACCAGCAGAUUGCAAUAAAGGUACUAUAUUUAGGGGGGCUAAUGGGGCUAGAUUGUGUUUUUACCUCAAUUACCUCUAACUUUUUAUUGUGUUUUUAACCCUAUAGUGUUUCUUUAAUUAAAAAAUAGUCCUAAAAGGUAUAGGAUGUAUUCAGGCAGCUUCACAACUUUUUGUUGGACUCUUACACCAAACACAAUAAAAAGUAAAUAGGUAUACCUAUAAUGGUACUGUAUACCUUACCGCAAUAUUAUUGCCACACAUACUCAAAAGAAAAAAAUGAACUUCAGUAUAGUUAUAAAUACUAAAUAUGGGAAAAAGAGGAACCUUUAGUAGAUGAUCCAAAAACACAUUAAAAAAACACAUAAAAAUAGAUAAAACACUAGUAAAAUAUUCUUUAGAUGAAUUAUGAUAAAUAUAGUAGAAAAAUACCAGCACCUAUGUCAUCUUCCACAAUCCAUCACCAGUAUAGGUGUAAGCUAUUGAGGCAGAUGGAGAGAGAGAGAGAGAGAGAAAAAAAAAAGUAUGUCAUAAAAAAUGACAAAAUCAUAAUUUGAACCAUAUGGAAUUAGAAUAUUGAACUUUUUUGUUUAUUAAUGCUAUUGUUUGUAGUUUUAUAGUCUAAUAACGAUUUCCUAUCAAUUUGCUGUACUCCCUUUACUGCGUUAUUUAAAAGGUCAUUCUCAUAUCCUGUAGUUUUAAAACCCUGCAUGAUUCUAUAGUCCUGGUUAGCAAAUGUGUCCAUAUUCGUACAGUUCCUUCGUAAAUGGAUUGAUUAUUUGGCCAGUUUGCUAGUUAAGGACUAUAGUGACAGCUUGUGGUUUCUAUAUAACGAUUUACAUUCAACGAUUUUAAAAAAGGUUUUAGUUUUAAUUAUAUCAUCUUCUAUAUAAAUAGUAAAAUCUAAAAUAUCUACCUGAACUUUACUAUAGUUAAAAAUAAGUCCUAUGGGAGUCCUACCCCCCAAACACUGGAAUUAACAUAAUUUUAAAAUCCAUAAGGAUAUCUCUACCACCUUUCCAUAUAAAAAUCAGAUAAUCUAUAUACCUUUUACAGAGCACCAAAUUUAAUCCCCAGCUCCUUGUUGGGUCCAUAUAGUGUAACUCCCAAAAUGCCAUAAAUUGGCAUAGCUGGGUGCAAACCUGGUGCCCAUAGCUGUCCCACACAUCUGGAGGUAAAAAGUGUCCUGGAAACAAAAAUAAUUUAUUAUAUACAAUGAGUUCUGUGGUCUCAAAGACAAAAUUUAUUUGUUCCUUUUUUAUUGUUAUUGCUUACUAAAGAUAAAAUUGUCAGUUCAUCGUUUUUGUAUUUGUGGUGUAUCUGAAUACAUAAAUAUGGCUUCCUUUUGGUUCUGUGCAGGGCUCUGUGUGACACAAAAGACUGCGGGAAACUCACUAAGGAGCAGUUUGCUUUAGCCUUCCAUUUCAUCAGUCAUAAAUUAGUGACGGGAGUUGACCCCCCUCAUGUUCUAACUCCUGAAAUGAUCCCCCCAUCUGAGAGACUGGCUGCAGCUACGGUGAGAAUGUAACCCAUUUAAUUCAAGCAGUUUUAUUGAAUUCAAAAAAAUAUGACAAAUGCAUUGUACUUCAUAGGUCUUAUUGCUUAUGAUUUUUGAGAAUCCUUGGGCAUCAGUUUCAGGUGACUGCUACUGGGACAUAGAUAUGUGGCAAAUGGAUGCAUUUUGAACUGCAUUUUACCCGAAAAUCAUAAUCCCUAAUUUUUAUUAUAUCUCAUGUAAUUGCUUUGGAAUGCUGUGGAGUGUGUGUCAUAUCUAAAAAGAGGCAUUCAUCUUCGGGGUGAAAAUAUAAUUUUGCCCCUUUGUGAAGUAAUGGUAUGACUACACCUUGAAUAUGCUGUGCAAUUUUGGGCACCUGUUCUAAAGAGCAAUAUUAUGGAACUAGAAGUGCAGAGGCUAGCUAUAGAAUUAUCUCAUCUGUUGCCAAUUUUGUUUCAAAUUGUUAACAUCUGCUGCAUUUUUAUUUAUUUUUUAAAAAUAUUAAAUUAUUAUAGUUAAUAUUGAGGCGAUUGUAAAAUCAUAUCAUUGAUGUAGAAUAAUUUUUUGUUUCAGGUAAAUAGCACUGUUAGGAACAUAAUUUUUAAAGGCUCUAUAUGUACAUAGAAUAUCACGAUAUUAAUUUUAGCUUGCAUAGCAUGAAUCAUAAACAUAGUUUAACACCACCCUUGCUAAACCUCAAUAUUAAACGGAGCUAUCUAUGCUUUGAAAAAUAUUGACGGUGACAAAGUGCUUAAAAACAACCUUGAACAAUUUUGCUAAGCUGAUAAGCCUUUUAUGUUAUGCAUUUAGUGAUAAGGCCCACUAUGGCAUUUACUAAACCAUGGUGUGUGUGGAAUGAAAAAAACAAAUGUGGUUUUCCGUUUACCACACUUCAUUUUUUUAGUAAAUAAACACCAGUUUGUAUUAGAGCUUCUCUGUAUUACUCAAUUUUUCACACUCAAAGGAAAUAGCUUAUUAGUUUGCAUUCACAAAUUCAGACGCCAGUUAUUUAAAUUGCGCAUGGUUCUGUCAGAUAUACAUGGUGCUCUGACCAAAGAUGGAUUAAUCUCGCAGAACAAGUGUAAGCGCUGAGAAAAGUUAUUUGUUUGUAUUUAUACAUUAUGAGAUAAACAUAAAGGCUAUAAUACAUGUAAACCUAUUUUAAAUAAUAAAAUAAUGAAAAUGUUCAUUUUAACUGCAUUUGUCAUUGGCUUUCCAGAACCAGUAUGCAUCUAUUUUAUGAAGCAAUAAUGCUGUGUAUCAGAUGCUCUGUUCAAGCUGUAAUGAACGGUCACAGUUGAUAGGUUUAUUGGCUGCCUCUAAGAAUGUAUUUUUAUCUUUAAUUUUACUCUCUUGCUUCUACAACUUGUCAAUUUUACUAAUCUCAAUGGCAGCCUGAGGGUAAAUAUGUUGUUUUGUUCUGUUGCUGCACUAACAUACUGUCCUGUUUUUUUUUUUGGUUUUUUUUUUGCUGUUUUUGCUAUGUUCUAGCUUUCUGGAUUAUUUAUUUCCAUCUGCCUCACUCUGCUUUCAGCCUCGCUCUUAUAUUGCUAACUUUCAUCUCCCUGGUUCUGGCUUCACAAGGUUAGACAUUUUCUGUGUCCUCCUGUUUGGUCUCAUUUAUUUCACAUAGUUAAGUAGUAAUGUUGGUUGAACUAAAGACUUCAGCCUUUCACACUUCCCUGUUUCUACUGCUGAUCCAAGAGAAAAAAAAAAUCCCAAUUUGAAACAAUUUUUGAUAGUUCCACAAAAAGAGGAAAUAUUUCUUCUCAACUCCAAAAUUGCAGUCCUAUUUCUCUUUGGAUCAACACGCUAUUUACCAUACCUCAUUUAUCAUAGCCGUGAAUCCAGUUUUCAAAAAAUAUCCCAAUUUCUUCCACGAGUGAUUGUUAAAUGUCUGUUCCGUGUAAUGUCCCACAUUGUUUUCAUUCUCCUGUUACUGGGAGCCUCAUAUUCAAAUUGGAAUUAAACUGUAAUAGUGUAUACCAGGCUUCCCCAAACUCAGCUCCUCCACAUUUUGCUGAACUAAAACUCCCAUGAUUCUCAGCCUAUCUAUUUCAUUCACAGAAUCAUGGGAGUUGUAGUUCAGCAGUAGUGGAGGGCUGGAAUUUGGGGAAGCCUGAUGUAUACCUUCCUUCAUAGAACACAAUCUAUACAUAAUACCUACAUCUAUUAUCUUUGAAAUAAGGUAAAUUUACAUCUUACUAGGAUACCUUACUUGUGUUGGGUGAAGGUGUGAUUAGAGUGGCAGCUUAUUCCAGGUCAGGUCACCAUCUCUGGUGGCAGCCAGUGCCAGGUCAGGUCACCAUCUCUGGUGCCAGCCAGUGCCAGGUCAGAUCAUCAUCUCUGGUGGCAGCCAGUGCCAGGUCAGAUCAUCAUCUCUGGUGGCAGCCAGUGCCAGGUCAGAUAACCAUCUCUGGUGGCAGCCAGUGCCAGGUCAGAUCACCAUCUCUGGUGGCAGCCAGUGCCAGGUCAGAUCACCAUCUCUGGUGGCAGCCAGUGCCAGGUCAGAUAACCAUCUCUGGUGGCAGCCAGUGCCAGGUCAGAUCACCAUCUCUGGUGGCAGCCAGUGCCAGGUCAGAUCACCAUCUCUGGUGGCAGCCAGUGCCAGGUCAGAUCACCAUCUCUGGUGGCAGCCAGUGCCAGGUCAGGUCACCAUCUCUGGUGGCAGCCAGUGCCAGGUCAGGUCACCAUCUCUGGUGGCAGCCAGUGCCAGGUUAGGUCACCAUCUCUAGUGGUAGGUCAGGUCACCAUCUCUAGUGGCAGCCAGUGCCAGGUCAGGUUUCCAUCUCCAGUGGCAGCACUUGCCAGCUCAGGUUCCCAUCUCCAGUGGCAGCACUUGCCAGCUCAGGUUCCCAUCUCCAGUGGCAGCACUUGCCAGCUCAGGUUCCCAUCUCCAGUGGCAAUCAGAUCACCUAUUUAAAAGACCUAGUGGCCCACUCUUAGAGUAUUUAGCCUUGAUCAAAAUGGUGAUCUAUAUGGAGUAUAUAUGCUUUUGAGUUUCACAGAGUAUUGUUCAUUACUUCCUUCUUUGCCCUGGAAUAGGCCAGAUAUUCAAUUCAAUUUAUAAUGUAGAACUAUUUCCAAGAUUUGUGAUGGCAAGCUCCAGGUCCUUUCUAACUUGACAAUACAUUUAAGCAUUCUUUGAAAUGGCUAAGGAAAACAGAUCCUUUCACAAACUCUUUAGAUGGGGAAAAAAAAUCAUGUCACUAAAUUAUUUAAAAAUAAUAAAUCUGGUGCUAUCUAUUUGAUACAAACAACCCCAUAGCUACCUGACUAUAGUUUGACACGGUUUGUUUUGUGAGUUGUGUUACUGUUAUGUGAUCUGCCCGUACAUUUAUUUAUGUGUGCAUCCUUCCUUAUGAUAUUUUACCAUUAUCUCUAUUCACAUACUUUCCACUAAGUGGCGCCAGGGGUCAUCUCUCUGCCAGUGCUUGCUGUGUAAAUUGCAGCUUGAGCUUCCAUAGACAUCUAUCAUCCCAAAGAUGGCCUGUUAUUAAGAAUGGAGUCAUGCAGCUUUUUACAUCUAUUUAUGUUUAAUAAGGGCAACUGCAGGUUUGCAUUUUUAUUCGUUUCCCUAACACAUUGCCAGAACUAUUGAUGCAUUGACUAGCACAUGUAAAGGUUCUUUUUUCCCCCUGUAGAUUUCAAUUCCAGUAGUUACAAUGAAUCCUUUGAAUGAAAUUAUAGUGUCUACAUGUAUGCAUGCAUGAAGAAAGAAAAAAUAUAUAUAAUUUUAAGUAUGGCCAAUACUACAGCAUUCUUAAAGGGACACUUAAACUACUUUAACCCCUGCAGUCUCACUGAUCAAUUCUUUGCCAUUUAGGAAUUAAAUCACUUUGUUUAUACAGCCCUACUCAACCUCCCCACCUGUGAAUCAUACUGCCAGUUUGAAAACAUUUUCUAGCAGGCUAUUAAGAGAGCUGGAGAUUAGUUAUUUUAAUGUAAACAACCUGUGUAAUAAAGAAAGUUUAAACAUUAGCUCUCUCUUUACAAGUGUUUAGGAAGGCAGUGCAAAACACAACAAUGGGAGGUGCGGCUAGAGCUGUACGAACAAAAUUAUUUAACUCCUAAAUGGCAGAGAAUUGAGCAAUGAGACUGCGGGGGCUGGAUCUAUACACUAAAACUGCUUCAUUAGGCUAAAGUUGUUUUGGUGCCUAUAAUGUCCCUUUAGCUUUAUGUCAAUACAUGAAUACUGUAUGAACUUCUUCUCUCAUCAUUUCUUUGUUACAUUUUUAAAAUAGACAGACACUUUUUUUUUUUGGCAAACCAGAACAUCCCCCACAGUCAGCUGUUGUGAAUUGUAUUCUCUGUGUUUCCUAAAAAUGAGUCAAUGCAUUAUUUUAUAGAGGGGAGCUCUGUCCAAUUGGUCUCUGGGCUAUUGUUGACUACAGUGAAUUUUCAUUGUUUGGAGGGUUUUACAUUUUGUGCAUAUAUUCAGUCUUGGUAUCACAACACAUCUCACUGCACAGUUUGGUACAGGUCUCUGACUAUCUGCAGUUAGUCGCAAACUGCAACCACACUUUGCAGCUGCUCUCAUUAGCGCAGAUAAAGACCGUGUACCUGACUGACCCCGGCAUUUUGCCAACCAUACCGGUAAAAAUAAAUAAAAUAAAGAAUUUUAGAAAUCUAUUUAUUGUCCAAUUACUGCUUGAGCCAUGGUUGGAGCCACAAGAGAAGCAACUUUGUGACAUUUUUUAUAGGGUUGAUCAAAGUAGGAUUUCCCUUGGGAUUAAGUGGCCCACCUGGCUUUUUGUUUGGUGGCCACAUUCCUAUUGCAUGAUUUGAACAGAGACAUGGGCCACUAGCUACGUCCCCUUGCUUGUUGUGUCUGUGCAAAGAUUAUGCUGAGUUACUGUUCACUUUUGUAGUGGGUUUAGCAAAUGCUUUUGUAAGUUAAAUAAAAUGGUGGUCUGUAUCGCUAAGGUGUUAAAAGCCACCACUAUUACAGAGGAAGCAGUGGUACUGUAUUUUGACACCCCUUGUACGCUCUCAUUAUAUCGGUCAUAUUUCAUCAUUGCUCAAUCUACCUUAUUUACCUGCCACACCUCCAAAUCACACUGCAUACUUCAAAAGUUUAGCACAAAAAAAAGUUGCAAGAGAGUACCGAGAACUGACAAAAGCAAAAUUAGACUGCCGUUCGGUGACUGUCGGUGCCUAGAGGGAUAUCCGCUAUACCUCACUGACAAUGCCUAACAAGGGUGAAACGAUCGUCUGGGGUUGCUGUAUUUCUCGUGCAGAGAUCCUGCCUGCAUUUUGGGUGUGUUCCGCCAUUUUAGGUGGAAUCAGUCUGACAUGCAAAUGGCCCUGGUUCUUUUGUAAUGGCACAAAAUGAGCUAAAACCAGCUUUGAGAUCUGAGUGGGGACACACGAAGAGCAGGCUAGAAGAGCUGUUGUUCGUUCUCCAUGUUCUCUUGCAACUUUUUUUUUUUUUUUUUUGACACUGCAUAGUCCAUUCUCCAAUAAAUAGUUGGACUCCAGUGUCCAAGAAUUAAUGCGUUCACAAUUUACACUUUUCAACUUGGUUCCAUCUUAAAUUGACCCAAGUCAACUGUCUGCAGUAUCCUUUUGUGCUUUUUACCCUGCCAUGUUUAUUGGUAAUUUCAGAGAAGCUUUAUGUCCUAUGAAAAUCAGUGGGCAUUUGACAGACUGCAUAGAAAAUUCACAUUUUAAAUUCCCUAUUUAUUGAUCUAUUUAGUUACCACUAUACUCUCCACUGUAGGAAUAUAAUAAUAUAAUAUAAACAGUGCGUUUAAAAAAGUAUUCUCAUAGUUUUAGUUCUGUUUUUAGUGUUUUUGUUGCAGCUUCAUGCUAUAAUUGUUUAAAUUUUUUUCUUUAUAAUGACAAAGCAAAAAAACCUGAUUUUUGACACCAUUGCAAAUGUAUUAAGCAAAAUUAAACAAAACAAACAAACAAAACAACCUGAAAUACUACAUUGGUAUAACUAUUUAGACUCUAAACACUAUUCUACCAAUCUGCUUCCCUAAAAUUUCACUUACCUUUUGUGUCACUUUACCCCACUCCCUCUAGAAUGUAAGCUCACUGAGCAGGGCCCUGAACUCCUCUGUAACCAGACAAGUUUGACGCACAGAAAUAAUUACAUGUUUGAUAGGCCACCCAUUGUAAAGGGCUACGGAAUGUGUUGGCGCUAUAUAAAUAUAACAACAACACCACCACCACAGUAUUUGGUUGAAGCACCUCAAGUCUUUUUGGAUAUUUAUCUCCUCUCAAGCUGUCAGGUCGGAUGCCUGUGGACAGCCCAUUUUCAGGUAUGUCCACAUCAUCAGACAGUCUGAGAGUCCUUCAGGUGCUUUUUUUUUUUGUGUGUGUGCAAAUUCUAAGCGGGCUUUCAUGUAUCUGAUAGUGAGAGAGGUUUCUGUCUGGCAAGUUUGCUAUAAAGACUGUUGGAGUGUCGCAGGAUGGUUGCUCUUCCGCGCAAGUUCCUCCCGUCUCCACGUGUGUAUGGAGCUCACCCAGAGUGACCUUUGGGUUUCUGAUCACCUCUCUUACCAAGGCUAUUCUCCCUUUUUUUCCACCACUUCUUUCUCAUCUGUGUUCGUUUCUUGUGCAACCCAUGCCAUUUAAUCAUGUUUACUGUGCUGCAUUGAUUAAUUUGUUAGUGCCAUACAGAUUAAACUGUGUUCUGACCAAUUUCUUACCUUACAGGUCCCAGCUGCUCCCAGUCCUGUUGCUGAUUUCUCUGCUAUCAAAGAACUGGACCAUUUAAAUAAUGAGAUAGUGGAUUUACAAAAGUGAGUAAUAAAUAGGUGUUUGCAUUUGACAUCUCCUUCCUUAAAACUAUUAUUUUUUUUUGAAAUAUAUAUUGAACUUAAAAGUUUACCUAUAUCAUAGCAUCUGUGAGUGUUAUUUUGUAAUAUCUCUUGUCAGUGCUUUGCUCUAAGCGAGUUUUAAAAAUAAAAAUGAAUUGGCUAUAGUCAGAACUUCAGUUUUUAGAUCGCUACCAUCUGCUAUUUAGUGAAUAAACAUCAGAGAUUCACAUUGUUUUUGGUGUUUUUGUUUUUUUAAUUUUAUUGUUUAUUUUGUUUGAGGUUUGUAAUUUUAAAAUUAGCAGCUAAAUUUACUAAGCAUGCGACUAGCCUCUGUUGAAUUAAUUUACACUUCUUUGAAGACACACGGUAUUGACCAUCAUGCAUCGCAUGGUGGCUCCCAACUGUAACAGAGUUCAGUCUGCAGAUCUAUUUCCCUAUUGUAAGUGCCUCAAAACCACUAAGCCAGGUAUAUAGCAGGGUUAAGCCUUUUGGUUAUCCCUGUAAACAGCUACACUUAAUAUUUGUAGUUAUAAACCAUCUCUCACAGUGAAAGUCAAUCAGGUGUCUCCAAUACAAAAAAGUAAUUAAAAAUAAAAUGCCAAGAUAGGCAGGUUAGUGGCCUAUCCUCUCCAUCCACACCCCAGGGGGUGGAUAGUAAAAUUAAAUGGUGCCCAGCAGAAGCCCAUUAAAUAACAGGAUUAACCCUUACAGGGUUGGUUCUCUCUCGGGGCCCUUUUGGCCCAUAAUAUAUUUUAUUUAGGGAGACUGGGUAUUUGUUGGCACUUAUGGCGGCCUUUUAUUUAUCGAAACUGGGCAUCUCCUAGAUCCUAUUUAAUAUUGCUUUCCACAAAUAUUUAUUUUUACAGAGAGACCAGAUUAUCGGUCAGUGAGGCCUAAUGUCUGAUCUCACAAGGAGCAUAUUUUAUGCCAGUAAAAGGCUUUGUUGAAACCAAUGAAAUCACGUCAUUUAGUGGAUACCAAAUGGCACAGUGGUUUCCAAUGGAACACUUGCACCUUGGCAAAAACCAGGAAAUAGCUAUUUUUGUGUAACCUUGCUGCGACACAAAAAAAAAAGCCCAUCAGGCUCUAGUAUAUCUAGCUGUAAGAUUGUAAGCUCUGUGACGAGAGCUCAAAGAGACUUAAUUUGUUUACCUUGCGGUCUUUGAGCUUCAUCUCCUUUCUUUUUUGUUGUUGUUUAUUGUUGAGCUUAUAAACCAAAUCCAAAUAUUUUGCUUUUAUUGAUAUGCAUCAGUCCUAUUGCUGGAUGUUGCUGGAAUAGGAGUAAAUCACUGAAGAGGGAAAAUUGGUAUCAAAUUUCCUACGUUAUGAAAAGGCAGUGAGAAAGUUAACUGGUAGUGUAUCCAUUCUGUGCAGCUUGCAAAGAUCUCACCCUUCUGGAAUAUAAAUGGUUAACAGGCAGAUUCUAUUUCCGUACUUGGCCCCUUGGGGUGUGAAGUAGCCAUUAGCUACAGCACAUCUAUUGUGGUGUUUUUAGUUCCUGCAUCUCUUGCUAUGUAUUUCUUAUGAUAGAAUUCUAUUAUGGCAAUUUUAGUUAUAGAUGUUUUCCAUUCUAAUCUGAAAACACCUUCCAUAAUUUGUUUUUAUUUUAUAUUUUUUUUGUAUUUACGGUUUGGGUAAUUGUCUUUCUGUUCUGAGACUGUAACUCCCACUAGGAUUAAAAGCUUUCGAAGAAGCCAAGAUUGUCUUCAUCUCUUCUCCUUUUAUCGACCUUCACUGCUUUGCGUUCUCAUUUUCCUAUUUUCUUUUUUACUUCAUUUCAACCUCUUUAUCUUGCGCAUACACAUUAUAAAGGUGGGGGGAAGAAAAAUCAUGAACAUCGAUCAUGUUGCGUGCAGUUCGGGACUGUUUAAAGUCCCCGCAGCGUUCUGCUAAUCAUCGGUGAGUGUUUUAGGAUUCCAGGCUGCUAUGUUCGUUCGGGCUAUGUGACAGCAUAGUGUUUAAAUGCAGACUUGUAGUUAGGCCCUUUGGGUCUGCAGGAAGCUGCCAUCUAGGUGAUGCUGUCAACGGACUAUGAAGAUCGGCCCUUGCAUUGUCUGCAGAUCAGCUGUUAACAUAAAGUCUUCAUAUUUAAUUUUCUAUUUACAUAUGAAUGUGCAGUGUACAGCUUAGCUUCUGUUCAUACUUAUGUUUUGAAUUGAAAUCUUGACAAAUCUAGACUUUAGAAAGCCUGUCAUAUAUUGGAUGGGGAAAACGCCAAGAUCCAUAAUUGAAUUGCAAACCUCAAACCAAAACAGGUGAUUUAAAAAAUAAAUACAUUAAAAAAAAAAAAAAAAAUAGAAAAUAAUAAAAAAAAAUUCCCCUUUAACACGGCUAUAAAUGUAAUUAGUGUUUUGUUUAUUUUUCAUUUUAUUCAUUUUAUAACAUGCCAUUUGAUGUUGCUGUGCUAGUAAGGUGAUCUUGUAACAAGCUCACUGACAGGAAUAUUGGUCUGUAGGUCAUAUGAAGGUCACUAUAUUACUGCAAUUCUUUUGCCUUCUGCUCAGUUGGAGUAUUGUUUUGCUGUGUUUAUAAAACACCAGUAUACAUUGCAAAUCUAUACAGUGCAUAUCUAGCAUACAAGAGGAAACCUGACUGCUCAAAUUUUUCUGGUUCUGUAUCUUUUUGGCAUUGUGUGAUAUAUAGUAAAUUGUUCAUCUACAACGCAGCAUGAAUACUUUAAAGUUUGCAUGCCUGACCUUGCUGAGGAAGAAAUGAUGGACUUGCAUUUAUUGUUUUGAUGUCAAAUAUAGCCAUUAUUAUGAUGAUUACAGGAUUUAAGAGGGCUUUUCAUAAAACCUAGAAAUGGGGGCGUCAUAUAGACAGAGACUUUCAUUUUAGUAGUGUGUCCAAGAGCAGGGCUGUUCUGAGAAAUUUUAGGUGACUUACUAAUAACAAGUCAUGCAAUUAGAAUGUAACAUACAACAUAAAUUAAUUUUAAUAAUAAAUUGUUUAGAACACAGAUUUACACAGACUGCUUUCUGAAGACAUUUAUUGUAGUUUAGACACAUUACUGUAUUAUUACUGUGAAGCUCUGUUAUACGCCAACCAAUAUGGAGCUACAAAGAGGGACAUUAGAAUAGAAAAUGACAGAGGAAUUAGAGCUCAAAAUAUGGACUGUUCCUCCUUAAUAGGAACACGUGGGAGAUACUGUCAUUGCUGGCUUUCUCUCCUGUCAGUUCUGCUCAAAUCUCCUCCAGUUUAAUUAAACCACACAGGUAUUUAAAUCACAGGUAAUUAAUAUCCAUUUUAUUUCCUGGCCAACGAUGCACCAUCACUGAGUGGGGCUUUAACCCAUUAGUGACGCUACCAUGUAAAUGGCCAGGAAAAGAAAAUUCUGGUAAGUACAGUGGCGUACAUACCACGGUUGCAGCUGCAACCGAGCCAGUCACUCCAAGGGGCCCUGCGGACCCCUGCGACCGGGUACCAGCUGCCACGUUAUGCGGCCACCCGAUGAGUAUGGAUUGUCAGGGGGUCCGGUCAACGCUUGGCGCUUUAACAGCGAGAUCACUGCUGGGAGGAAGUGACUGCCCCGGUCACUCCUCCUAGCAUACAGAGAGCCCACGCAGGAGGAAGGAGGGAGUCAGAGUGUCAACUCUGACUCCCAUCAGGCUGAGCCACCACUGGACCCCAGGGAAAUUCACAAAAGGUAGGAAACAUUUUGUAUGUGUGUAUAUGUGUCUGUGUGUCUCUGUAUGUGUGUGUGUGUGUGUAUGUGUCUGGGGGGGGAUUGUAUGUAUGUGAGUGUGUCUCUGUAUGUGUGUCUCUGUAUGUGUGUCUCUGUAUGUGUGUGUAUGUGUGUCUGUCUCUGUAUGUAUGUAUGUAUGAAUGUGUGUGUCUGUGUGUCUCUGUAUGUAUGUGUCUGCGUGUCUGUGUCUCUGUAUGUGUCUGUCGGGGGUGUUUGUGUCUGUAUGUAUGUGUCGGGGGGGGGGCCCACGGUCAGGAGAUAGAGGAUCAUGGGGAUGGGGGGGGGAGUAGGGGGCUCACGGAUCAGUUUCGCACCGGGGCCCUGUGGAUUGUGUGUACGCCACUGGGUAAGUAUAUGAUUCAGAAUUUACCUGCAUAGCGCCUGUAAACUGUGGUUAUUGGAUAUGGAUGGAGUGACCCUUAAUUAACUUGUCAACUGGUGCAAUGCUUAGCUAUAUGACCCGUAUGCAACUUAUACAAUUUGGUAUAAUCAUGUUCUAUUCUAGAUUCAAUUUUUAGUGUAAAAUAGCGUAGCAGGCGGCAAAUUUGCAGUUAUAGAAUUUUUUCCAAUUUGCUUAUUUGGCCUAAAAAUUGCAGCUCCCGUGGUGAUUUUCACUAAUUCCUGGUGUUGUAGCUAAAUCUCUGGGAAAAGAUAAUGGGUAAUAAAGACAAAUGAAGAUGUAUCUGUUAAGAAAGAGUAACUAUUAUAAAAGCUGUAUUUAGAAUUGUACUUUCCUCCAGGGGCCCGCGAGGUUUAGAUGUGUGCUGGUUUAGGGCAUUAUUAGAUGUCUGUAAUUGAAUAUGGCAGGUUUGAGCUUUGGCUGAGUUAAGUGUACAGCAUCGCUGCUUGUGGUUCUCCCCUCCCAGCACAAAUAACACAGCAUUUUGCAUUUGCUGAAUUCCCCCUUAGCAACAGUGAUCUCAGCAUAGACACAUUACAUCCAUUGAUUUAUUUGUCCCCUCCUCCUGCAAUCCUCAUUCUGUCUCUGAACGCUUUUCCACAAUGAAGCAUCGGUUUUAGCAUUUCCAGGGCCUGCAAUAUAUGAUCUUGUCCACUUUCGGGGGUCUCUAUAAUGUACCUGAAGUGGGACUCUGGAUUAGGGGGCUGGAUUAACAUGCCUGCUGUUACGAAUGUCUUCAGAUAUUCUUGUAUGGUUUGCUGGUCUUCCAGGGAGAAGAGCAAUGUGGAACAGGAGCUGAACGAGAAGGAGGAAGCUGUGAAACAGAGGACGGGUGAGAUUCAGGUGAGGAAAUACAAAGGCCACCAACCUUGGCAAUUUCAUCAGCUAUUAAGUGCAAUUGAGAAUAGCCUGUUUUAUUCACUGAGGGGGAGGUGAGGAAGGUUGAAAUAGAUUUAAAUAUAUUGUUAUAAAUUGUUGUUUUUUUUGUUUUGUUUUUUUUAAAUCCCGCAGCCUUUAUAUCUUAAGUCUGUAUGUUAAGUGAACAUUCAAUAUUGAACAGUGUCUCCAAUUGUUUCUGGAAGUGCCUGCAAUAUUAAAAGGGUGUGUAGUGCUUGAUGUGUGACACAGACUGAUUCUGCUGGUCAGAAUGCACUUUUUUCUUUAAAUCUUUGAUAUUGUUUCUUUAUUUUUUGAGGAAGGCUACCCCUUGGUGCUAGAAGACUUGUCAAAGAGAUGAUUGUUAUCUGGUAGUGGUGUAAUCUAGUUUUCUAGAUCACUGAUUCUCAAUCAGGUCUAAAAAAAAAUUCCUACGCAACCCUUCCUUGAGAAGGUAAUUUGUAUUCAUUUAAAUUCCAAAUGAAACGUGUAGAAACUAAUAUUUAAGUUAAUCCCAUAUUGGAGAUCAAGCCUGAUUAAAGGUAGUAAAGAAUAUGUUUAAAUAUGAAAUAAUGUGAAUACUGUGUAAGUAAGGAGGUGUGUAUGAACUAUUAAUCUGAAGUUUAAAAGUAAAAACAAAAUUAAAAUAUACACAUUACAGUUGCAUACAGAGGACACUGACUCCUAUACCUUUACGCGCUGAGGACACUGACACAGACAUGUAUAGCUUUGGGACAAUAGUGGGGUGAUAGGGGUUGUAGUGGGGGGACAGUGAAUAUAGUGGGGGAUAAGGGUUGUAGUGGGAGGGAAAGGGGCAAUAUCAGGGUACAGGGGCUCUAAAGGAAGGAUAGGGGUUGUAGUGGGGUAUUGGCUUUGUUUCAAAAAACAAACCCUAAUCUUAAUCUUAUCCCCCAUUCCAUCCCCCCGCCCCCCCCAGGCUUACUUUGGGCCAGUGAGGGGGAAUCUUGGUGGUCCUCUGGGAGAAGCAGCAUGUCUGUACCCCUCAAUGGGAGUUCAGCGAUACACUCAUGCUGUCUGCACCUCCAGUGGGAGCUCUGUGAUUCAGAAAUAUGACAUGUGCAUGAGUGUGAGUUAUAUUGCUGUGACCCCCCUCUCCACACACAGAACCACCAAACAUGUAUGAACACCUUGACACACAGAUACACACUGACACACAGAUAAACAUAUUAAAACACACAGUUGCACACUGGCACAUACACUCAGAUACACAAACUUACACACAUUGACAUACACAGUGACACAUGUAUGAACACCUUAAAAAAAAAAAAAAACUGGCGCAUACACACACUGAUACACUGAUCUGAUACACACAUUGAAACAAACAGAUGCAAAUAUAUAUUUACCCAUAUACCUUUUAGUGUACUUUCCCAUCUAAAACUAGUGCAGCCCAUAUAGCAUUAGCCUGAUUAGUGCGCUCACUAGUAACUUAAAGCAGGACCGAGGGACUGCAAAUCCCAUCCUCCCUCGUGACAUUUUAUGGUUUGAUGACAUUUGGAAGUCAGAGCAGUUGGAGGGCCAAGGUGGGCCAGUAAGAAUUAAAAACUGUGCUUUCCUUUUAAUUGUGCUUCUCUGCUGCACAGUGUGAGCCACAUGAAUAUUUAUAUCCCAGCAUGCUUUAUUUUUAAUAUACUGUGGCUAAUGUGCAUGGUGGAUGUUUGAUUUAAAUUGGCAUUCAUACUUUCUGUCUAUGUACGAAUGGCUUUCAUUAUCUACCUACAGUCCAUCCAUCUAAAAAUAUCUCUAUCUCUGUAUCUAUAUCAAGUUACUGAAUGUUCAGUACAUAAUGGGUUUGGGUAAGCACAAUAUAGAACAUUCUUUGCUCAAUAGUGGAGCUGCUGGAAUGAUGUAUGUUUAUAGGAAAUUAAUUUGAAAAAAAUCAGCCAGUGCAGAAAAUAUACAAGUUUAAUUUUGUAGUGGUUUUGGUACGUGAAGUAUUAGGGUAACGUGUCCCGUUUUUUCAAACCGUUUUUGAACAGUUUUGGGGCAUAACGGGGUUUCCAGCCACCCCAAGCUCCUUUUAAAACACUAGUCUCCUGUACAAAAUAGGGGGAUAUGUUCACAACAUAUGGCCCUACUAUGCUAUGCCUACAUAAUUACAUACUCGUCAGAUACAAUAUCCGCGUCAUUAGCAAUAUAAAGCUAUUUCCAUACCAGAACUGUAGUCGUUUAGUCGAUACUAGGUUUAGAGUCUCUCCACUCUGCAGUUUCCAGCAGAUAUUGGACAGACAGCGUGAGAAUCAGCCUUACUAAUAUACAGACCUGGUACAGGGCCCUCAGCAGAGACCGAUUCUGGUCCCUUCCAGGUAAAACGCUCACUGUACUGUCUGGUGGUGGCAUUCAAAGCUGAGAUGAACUCUCAAGGUUCUCCCGAGCCUUUAGAUGGAGAACCCUCUCCACCGUGUAGGAAUAUUAACGUAAAUGGUGUCAAGCCUAUUACAUACUUGGACUGUACAAAGAAAUUCUUCUUUAUGUUAGAAUUUAACAAAACUUCAUGAAAUUUAAUUUUAUUUUUUUGUGCGUGACAUACAAUUUUGCUUUUGUGUUCUGCUCUGUCUUUGCAUGUUACCCUGUGCAAAGCCGAGAAUAAAGUUAUUAGUAUUUUCGUAGUGAUCAUGUAUACAUCACCCACAUUUAUUUCUCGAUCACAAAAAAAAUCCCUUAAAGUUAAAGCAUCAUCGCCAAUAAUUUCAGCCAUGCACAGUAUAACCUUUUAUUUAAUAACAAUGUAGUAGUUAUACCUCCAAAGAAAACAUGCCUACAUUUAAUUACACAUUUUUUUCGUCAGAGGUGUAUGUAAAAAUCACAUCUCUGACUUUGCAAGUCCUUCCCUUUUCCCCAGCCCAGACUUUCUAUAGCUGUCCAAUCACAAACUUCUCAAUGCAGCUCAAUGAGAAGUCCUUGCAUGUGUUGCUAAUGGGUGACUAAUCCUAAACGCUUUCUCUGCCACGAAUUCCAGUGAGACAUCUUCCAGACCCAUCUGGCACAGGGAGCUUGAGUUAAGGAAAUUGUUUUUCUUCACAUUACUAUCUUCCAAUAAGCAUUUAGGGCUCAAUUCUUUUUAAAAAAAACAUAUUUUUCACGGUUAUCAACAUGUUAUUUCCUCUCUUUCUGGCAACAUCCCCCUUUGAUAUAUUGAUUCUUUGUAACAUAACCGCUUCUACUCCAUUUAUUAUUAUUAUUAUUAUUGCUCAGUGUAUUAUUAUUAUUAUUGCUUAAUGUACUUGAUUAUGCUGCCUAGAAUCACUGGGAACUGUCUGUCGAAUUUAUGUCAAAGUGUUUAGUAGAGGUUUGAUCGAAAUUGCCCCUUCCUCCACCAUAUGGAUAAUGCAGAAUUCACAAAUUAACACUUAUCAAUGUCAAUUUAGUUCAACCUGAAUUGGUUGACACCUUUGAGUUAGAACAGCACGCUUUGCAAAUACCAGCUGUGUCCAUGUAGGGUGAAAUUGACAUUCAUAGUGUGGGCAUUUAAAUUCUGUGUAAUCAAUGUAGGUGAAAAGGUCUCCGGGUGCUGUGGAGAGCCCCAGAUUUUGACAAACCUCUCCUGAACGGGUUGCCAUAGCAUCUGGGAAGAAUGCAUGGAGAUUCAUGGCAACAUAAACACGCCUUUUAACUGUAGUAAUACACAAACUUAUAAUAUGCCACUUAAUUGUAAUAAUAUAUAAAGCUGUAUUGACACUCCAGUUACCUGUAAUAGUACACUAAGCUGUUAUAACAAACUGAACUGUAGUGAUUGUUACUUGGCGAAUGCUUUAACAUUCUUUGGCUACUAUAAUUUAUCUACUGCUCUCAUUGUCUGGCUCUGCCCUCCAUGUGCCGAUUUUUAAGCAGUUUAACACAAGGUAUGGUUCUUGUCUUCCCAAAGCCCUGGCCUCCCUGGAGGUGUAGCUAAGAUAGUUUGAACACUUACUGGUAGCCAUACCAAUUCAUACUAGCAAUAGGUGCAGUGGAAGGCUGAAAACAGUCAGCUGACAUUGUCUGCCAAUCACAGUCCCCUCUAAUGCUUUAUUCGACCAAGCAGCAAUGGGCUGCUGGACAUUCUUGUUUAGCAUUAAAAUAUUAUAAAAUGGUUAUUGAUGAAAGGUAGGACAGCACCAGGGGACUCCAGAUACUAAAAUUACUUCAAUGAUGAAGCUGUUAUGGCGCCUACGUUGUCCCUUUAAGUAGGUUCUUAACAUGAGUUACAAGUUAUCUUGUUUGAUGUUGGAUACACUGUAUCCGCAGGCAAUUUAGAUGUUCCUUCCAUUCAUUUGUGCUGCUGCUGCUGUGAUUUUCAACUCCUUAGGCAAUCAUGAUUCUAACAGGAAAUUAUUCUGCUUUUUAGGAUCUACAAGAUGAAGUGGAGCGAGAGAGCGCUAAUUUGCAGAAACUGCAGGCACACAAGCAGGAAGUGCAAGAGGUCCUGGAAGGAUUGGAUGAGCAGAAAGCAAAACUCGAGCAACAGCUCCAGGAUCUAAGACUGAAAUGUGAAGAGGAGAACCGUCAGGUAUAAAAGGGUUUCCUGCGCGGGUUAAUUACCUUUUCAUGAGCUACCUUUAACAUAGAUCCAGUGUAAGUGAAUGGGUGACAUCACACAUCCGUUCUAGGAGCAUACUGAGCAUGUGUAGGGCCUAUAUUCAGAUUGGGCGGCUUCCACAAAACCUCUAGCCUCCAGCGAACAUUCAUCGUUGACCAUAUACAGAACAGUUUGUUUUAUUAUUUAUUUUUUAUUUUUUACAAUUAACUUUGCAGAGAUUACCUAGUGUGGUUCUGACCUUAUUGUCCAGGUAGACAAGACACCUCUGACUGACAUUUCAUCUGGACACAUAGCUUUUCUCUUCCGCCAUGUCAUAGUGCACUGCAUCAACAAAAGUUCUGUCUUUUUGUGGGUUUAAACCUUGUGAUAUCUAUGUUGUCAAUGAGCAGAUUGCCUCCCUGAAAAUGGAGAUCGACAACCAAGAGACACAGAUUUCAUCGUACGAGGAUGAGUUAAUCAAGACAAGAGAUCAGUUGAGCCGUCUUCAAGAGGAGACUGCACAGCUAGAGGAGAACCUAAAGAAUGAGAAGGAGCGACUGGAGCCCCUCGAACAAGAACUGCAGGAAUCCCAGCUGGAGAUACAUGUAGUAAGUCAUAACCAGACUUCCCAACAGUUGAAAUGCUACCUAUAGUUCCGGGUUUUUACUGCUUCUAUUUUAAUUUUUUAUUUAGUUCCUACAUUUAAGCUUUUUUGGGGGGAGGUAUAAUUUUAAGCCACAUACUUUGAAUAAUUUGUCAACCUGUCCUUGCACACAUUAAUUUUGAAAUCUUCACUCUGUUUUGAUUGUACAUUACAAUUCCAUACAUUGUUUAAGGUGUUGUAUACAACAGAUUCUGUACACACGUCAAUAGACACGGAAAACCUCUAGGUCUUCUACUGUUACUAAUACUAAUCUAAAUGUUUGCCUCAAAAUGUUUUUCUUUUUUCUGUACUGCAAAAGACUGCACACUUGGCUCCCAAGAGAUUUCUGCAAGGUCUAAUCUAUUUUUUUCGGUGUUUGCUUAUAAAAUAGAACUUUCUGUUCUCUCAGUGGAUAAAACCUCAGCAGGUAUUUUCUGAUGAUUCUUAUGUCAUAUGUGUAGAUCCAGGGGAAACUUCAAGAAUUGGAGGAUGAAAACACAGAGAAUCACGUUGGUGAUCACCUGAGCUGGCGCAACCAUCUAAAUCUGCCACUCGUGAAUGGCACUGCAGAUAAUGCCAGCCUGAGCAAUAGCAGCAGCGAACCUACAAACCUAUACGAGAGUGCUGGGGAAGAGAGUCCAGCCCAGCAAGAACACCAAAGCCAUGACUCGCCUGUAAGUGCUUGCAGAACACACUGAUAUAGCCAUACAAGAAAGGGACACUCUAGGCAUUAAAACAACUUUAGUUUUAUGAAGGCGUUUUGGUGUAUAGAUCAUUCCCCCUGCUCAGUCUCACUGCUCAAUUUUCUCUUGUUUUGGGAGUGAAAUUACUUUUGUUUCUGUUUAUGCACACCUGGCUCACAAAGUCUGCAUGAAAAAAAUGGUUUGCUUUAGAAAUGUAUAUUCCUUGCUCUGUAAAAUGAACUUUACUCACACACAGGAGGCUCCUGCAGGGUCUAGAACGCUGUGAACAGAGCAGGAUAUAAGAAAUUAUAAAAUAAAUAGACUGUGCAAUAAAGGAAGUGUAAACAUUAGAUCUGUAUUUACAGGAAGUGUUUAGGAAGGCUGUCCAGGUCACAUGAAGGAAGGUGUGACUAGGACUGCAUAAAUAAAAUCAUUUAACUCCUAAAUGGCAGAGAAUUGAGCAGUGAGACUGAAGGGGCAUGGUCUAUACACGGAAACUGUUUUAUUAAGCUAAAGUUGUUUAGUGCAUAUAGCGUCCCUAUAAUUUCUUAUUCAACAUGUUCAAAUUUAAUAACAUGCAUAUUUAGUGGGGGUACUGGAAAAUAGUCACAUUUACUGCUUUUCUUUAAUAGCUUCAUGUUUUGGGAUCAGUGUGAAACAAUAUUAAAUUCAGUCACUUUGAAAUUAAGUUGACUUUAUAAUCUGAUUCAUUCAGUUUUAUAAACAUUUGUUUAGCAGAUUCAUUAUAACCCUUACUAUGUAAUAUUUUCUUUUAAUGGUAACAAAUAAGAUGGAUUGAUGUUAUUUUAAGUGUUCGACCUUCCACCUUACAAGUAAUUGCUUGUUCAUUUAUUUCUCUUCAUGUUGGUGAGAUCGAGGUAUCGAGAUUGUAUGUACUUUUUGUUUUGUUUUUUUCACUUGUGCAUUCAUCCAUAAAUGAAUCGAUUAGUCUAAAACAAAAACCUUUCAAUAAAUUUUUAAUGAAUGAAACCUUUUACUUGCUUCUUGACCUGUGUUUACAAAUCCCUGCUUUUUGUCCAAAUGAAUAGUUUUAUAGAAAAAGAAUUGAAAAGGAAAUUUGUUUUUUAUGAAUCAUUCAGUUAAGUGAAUUAAUUCAUUUGUGAAUGAACAUAAGUCUAAGUUUUUUUGAGUUUUAUGUUCCCUGGGGUUCCUUCCUUGAAUCCAUAAGCAAUCCAAAAGGUCUAUUUAUUUGCACUUUAUUGGUAACCUUACAUACAUGGUUGCUAUUUUGCUUCUUUUAAUAGAGGCUCUGCAAACCUAUGCACUCUGCAGAGUCAAUAGUCUAGUGAAAGAAACCAUGAACCAUGCAUAUUCUUUAACUCCUGAAUGUGAGCUAUAUUCCGCUUAAUAUAAAUGUAAUCCCUUAAACUGUUCCUUUCUAUGUUGUAGGUGAGGCGCAGCCCAGAGAUAACACAAAACUCCGGCAGUGAUGUGGAGGACAAAGAGAAAAAAACAAAUGUUCCUCCCAUUUCUGAUAAAGUAUGUUGAUGUACAAUACGAUUUUAUACUUUGAGGUAGAGUUAUGCUGAACUGGAGACAAGAUGAACCUUAUUCAACAAAAGAAAUUAGAUACUAUAUUUGAGUCACACAAAUUUAGUUUUUUAGUGAUAAAUGGCCCCCACAACUCUAUCACAAUUAGGCAACUUUUUUCCUAAAUUCCUAAGUUUGAUUUUCAUUUCACUACAAUUCAGUGUAAAGUAAAUAACUCUUCACACGUGAGCCUCCAAACUCCUCCCUGGGUAUUUUUAUAAAACACAUCUAAACAAAACAAUAACUUUUGAGCAAACAUGUGGAAUUUAGGCUACUAAUGUUUUAUUACUUGCCUAUUUUAGCUAUAUUUUGCAGAUCACUUGUCUGUUUCCUGUAUUUUGAGUAAGUCCCCAGUGAACCUUGUUUCUGUGCUUACAGGUUACAUUUUCAGUGGAUCCUUUCGAUGCCAACCAGAAUACGUCAUUGCCCCCUUCAGUACAAGAGUCAGGCCUGGAUUUCUUCCAGAGUGAUCCUUUUGUUGACAGUAAGUCACCCAGGUUAUUUAUAUUAAAUAUGUAAAUCACAUGGCAAACAUGUUAAGAACAUGCUUUUAAAAGGAAAAUAGAUCUAAUGACUGAAAGGAAAGCACAUGGGAAUACAUCUGUUAGUUGAUGUGAGACUCCUAAAACCCUUGGAGAUUUGCAGUAAAUGUGGGACAUUAUAUAUAUAUAUAUAUAUAUAUAUAUAUAUAUAUAUAUUUGUAUUUGUUUAUAUUUAUUUUUAUUUCUUGAUAUUACUGCUUCUCUAUAUGAUCCACCCUGGACUACCCAUUCUAUUCUAACCUAUAACCAGAUGACACAAAAAAACGGGUACUGAGAGCCUUUUAUCGAUAUCAAGAAAAAGACCCGUUAGGGUUGAAAUGUUGAUUGCAUUACAGAUGUAACCAGUUUAUUUUUUGUGUGUGUUUAUUUUUUUUAUUUUUUUUGUUCCAUUAAACUACAGUUUUUUUUCACAAGACCCUGUGAGUGAACCCUGUGUUGUGUCCUAUGUAUAACCCUGUUUAUGAAUAAAUUUCCAGAUGAUGGUUUGUACUGGCCCCGAAUAUAUUUGUAUAAUGUUAUCAUAUCCCCUCUUUUUCCAAACUAAAGUGAUUUAAAUUGUUUAACCUUUCUUCAGAACUAAAAUGCUCCAUUCCUUUAUCAAUUUUGUAGCUCGUCUUUUUCUAGUGCCAUGAUAUCUUUCUAUAGAACAGGUGCCCAAAAUUGCACAGCAUAUUCAAGGUGUGGUCUUACCAGCGAUUUAUAAAAAGGCAAAAUUAUAUUUAAAUCCAGAGAAUUUAUGCCCCUAUUUAUACAUGACAAAACCUUACUGGCCUUAGCAACUGCAGAUUGACAUUGCAUAUUGCUGCCUAAUUUGUUGUCUAUAGCAAUUCCAAAAUCCUUCUCGUGUGUGGUUAUCCCUAAUUCACUACCAUUUCGGGUGUAAGUUGCUUGUGCAUCCUUGACCCCGAAGUGCAUAACUUUGCAUUUCUCUACAUAAAAUUUCAUCUGCCAUUUUAGUGCCCAGUCCCCAAAUCUACCUAAAUCCCUCUGCAGCAAAGCAAUAUCCUGCUCACAUUUUAUUACUUUACAAAGUUUUAUGUCAUCUGCAAACACUGAAACAUGGCUUUUAAUGUCUAUUCCAGAUCAUUUAUAAAUAUUUUAAAUAGAAGCGGUCCCAAAACAGAACCCUGAGGGACACCACUUACCACUUUUGUCUAGCCUGAAAAUUUACCAUUAAUGACAACUCGUUAUACUCUAUCCUUAAAGGACCACUAUAGUGCCAGGAAAACAUGCUCGUUUUCCUGGCUCUAUAUGUCCUUGGGUCCUCCUCUCGCCGGCCUCUAGGGGGAGGAAGGGGUUAAUCCCUUACCUUUUUUCCAGCGCCGGGCUCCCUUGGCGCUGAGGACUCUUCUCCUCCUUUCCUGUCAUGGGCUGAAUGCGCAUGCACGGCACUCGUGGGUGAAUACUGUCAGGCCCCGGAGCUUUAUUUACAUUAAUUGUCUUUAACUGCUGUAGCACCUUGUCUUGAGUCAUCCAAUCACAAGUUAUCUGCAAGUUUUUUGCAGCAAUCAUUUGCAUAUCUCUUGCCAUAGGAUCCUGAUUAAUAUAUACUGAAGAAAAAGUUUAACAUUUCUGCAUUUUCCUGAUCUUCAUUAACGAACAGACCAUCUCUGUUUCCAGUGUACCUACACUUUCAUUUUUAGUUUUUUUUUUUUAGAAUUGAUGUACCUGGAAAAAAAAAAUUGGGGUUGGUUUUUGUAAAAUCUGGAUGGAACUACAACGUUAAUGUUGAAUCCUCUUAAUUUCUUCUUGUCUUCAGUUGAUUGAUAUAUUGAGAUAUAGAUAUAUAUAUACACACACACGUCUUUUGUAUAUAUAGUCUUGGGCCAAAUUUGCUCGCCACAUUAAUAUACGUCUAUAUUAAUGAAAAGUACUAAUACACAAUCUGACUUACGGUUUCUUCAGGUUUAUUCUUAGUUACUGAUACAUAAUAAAACAACAAAGGAUGUUACAGGAUAAUGGAUGUUCAACAGCAGAUGGUAAUUGCUGGACUCCUGCCGGGAGAGUUACAUCCUUACAUCUUUACAUAGAGAGAGAGAGAGCCAAGAGCCAAGAGAGACCUCGUGUCUCUUUGUUCAGUUACUAUAUAGAAGUGCCCAUACUGACGUCAGAGCAUAACUCUAGCCAUAUAAGGACAAAACCCCCAACUUGCAUUUCCAGAGCUCUCCUACAAAGAAAGCCAUGUGACUUAGACCAUCUGUUACUUAUGUCAAUCCACACAUCCAUAUAUAAUCAAUAGAAACAUAGAAUAUGCAAUAUUCUUCAGUUUUGCUUUCUUUGGCUAUCAAUUUUUCAGUUUCUAGUUUAGCUACUUUAAUUGCCUUUUUGCAAGCAUUAUUGUCUUCCUUAUAUCUUCUAUAGGAUGCAUCUGCUUUGUCCACUUUAAAUGCUUUAAAUGGCCUUUUCAUAUUUUUAGUCUCUUGUUUUACUUCUCUUCUAGGCCACAUUGGUUUCAAUUUGUUUAUUUUAUAUUUAUUACCCAAUGGUACAUACUGAGAAAUGUACCUUUCUAAUAUUUGUUUGAAUAGUUUCCAUUUAUCAUCAGUGGUUUUUUUUUUUUUCACUAAUCUUAUUGAAAUUGGCUUUUUAAAAAUUAUACGUUUUAGUAUACCCCACGUGCUUUUGCUUUUUUGAGUUUAUUUCAAAGAUUACCAUAUUGUGAUAACUAUUUCCCAAAUGCUCCCCUACUGAAUGUUGGUCAAAAGAUCAACAUGGUUUGUUAUAACGAGAUCCAAACAAGCAGUUGGUGCUUGUGCCAGUUGUGACAUGAAGGUUUCAUUUAACACAUUCAAAAACCUGAUUCCCCUUGCUGAAGUACUAGUCACUCUUCCAAUUUAUGUCUGGGUAAUUAAAAUCUCCAAUAAUUGUCACCUCGAUUUGUACACACGUGUACACACACACGUAAUAUGUUAAGAACCUGCUUUUAAAAGGAAUAUAUCUAAUGACUGAAAGGAAAGCACAUGGGAAUGCAUCUGUUGAUCUGUUUUAUGAGUCUCACACCAGGUCCCAGCACUCGAUGCUCCUGGCCUUUCUCUGCUCCGGUGCUGUCGCCAACCAAAUUGUAUACGAUCCCAGUAGAGAGCACUCAGGAGUCUUUAAAGUAAAUUGCAACUGUUGCAUUAUUGAGCAAUAACAGGAAUACACACCGUACAGGUCAACGUUUCAGGCUAUAAAUACUUUUUAUUUAUAUAUAUAUAUAUAUAUAUAUAUAUAUAUAUAUAUAUAUAUAUAUAUAUAUAUAUAUAUAUAUAUAUAUAUAUAUAUAUAUAUAUACACAUUUUACAUAUAUAUUUAACUAUUCAUUUUACAUAAUUAUUUGAUUUUAUUAAUUAUAAUUUUGAGGGAGCUGCCUGACAACCCAGGCAGACAGUCCAGAGAAUUUAAUUGGCAAACCCUAUAUUUACCCCCGUAACUGUUCAAAACACCAUAAAACAUUUAUAAGGGGUGUAUUGUUAUACUCAGGAGACUUAAUUGAACACAAAUAUGAGUGUUUUUAAAAGUAAAACUUAUCACAACGAUGAUAUCACCAGUAAAAGUGCAGUUUUUGUUUAAAAAAAAAAAAAAAAAAAAAUGCAAAAAAAUAAUGAAAACACUAACUUUGGCCAGCAUUCCUAAUUAAGUGGCUACUACAAAAGACUGGACAUACCCCAUUUUGAAUACCCUGGGUUGUCUACAUUUGCAAAUGGUAUGCCCUGAUGGAGUUUACAUACCUGGGCUACCAUAUGGUCUCAAAAGGCAACACAGGCCCAGCAAACUGAAAUGGGCAAGCCCUAUAUUGACCCUGUAACUUUCCAAAACACCAUAAUACCUGUACAUGGGGGGUAUUGUUAUACACGGGAGACUUCGCUGAACACAAAUAUUAGCGUUUCAAAACAGUAAAACGUAUCACAGCGAUGAUAUUGUCCGCGAAAGUGAAGUUUUGGGCAUUUUCCACACACAAACGGCACUUUCACUGAUAUUGUUGUGAUACGUUUUACUGUUUUGAAACACUCUCCAGAGUAUAACAGGUUUGAUCUUCCAUUUUUUCACAUUGAAAUUUGCCAGAUUGGUUAUAUUGCCUUUGGGAGUGUAUGGUAGCCCAGGAAUGAGAAUUACCCCCAUGAUGGCAUACCAUUUGAAGAAAAAGAAGACAACCUAAGGUAUUGCAAAUGGGGUAUUCAGUCUUUUUUAGUAGCCACUUGGUCACAAACACUGGCCAAAAUUAGCAUUUAUAAUAGUUUUUUGCAUUUUUAACACACAAAUAUAAAUGCUAACUUUGGCCAGUGUUUGUGACUAAGUGGCUACUAAAAAAGGCUGGACAUACCCCAUAUUGAAUACCCUGAGUGGUCUACUAUAAAAAAAAUAAAUGUACAUGUGAGGUGUGAUUCAGAGAGAGCCCUAUAACUUGCAAAAAAAAAAAAAAAGAGCAUGUUAACAUUAGGUAUUUCUAAACUCAGGACAAAAUUUAGAAACUAUUUAGCACGGGUCUUAUUUGGCAGUUGUAAAUGCGUAACAGAUUUUGAGGGUCAAAACUAGAAAAGGUGUUUGUUUUAAAAAAAAAUGUCCUCAUAUUUUAUAAAAAAAUUACAUUUUUUUUAUAGUAAAUUAUGAUAUGAUAAAAAAAAAUGCUAUCUUUAGAAAGACCAUUUAAUAGCAAGACAAACGGUAUAUAAUAUGUGGGGGUACAGUAAAUGAGUAAGCGGAAAUUACAGCUAAACACAAACACCGCAGAAAGACAGCCCUGGUCCUUAACGGUGAGAACGUUGAAAAAUGUCUGGUCACUAAGGGGUUAAUGAUGUAUAUUGCAAUAAAAUAAAGUUUGCACAAAGUCUAACAUAGGAAUCAGACAUUGCUACUAAUCAGAAACAUCCAAGCAAGCUAAUCAAUUCUCCAGCUGAAUGUAUUGAGAGCUCAGUGAUUUUUAUUUAGGUGUUCUCAGCCAGUUCCUGGUUUCUGUUGAAAUCGGUGGAGGCAGAUUUUUGUCCCUGGGAAGAGCAUGUUAAAGUGUCCUAGAUAUCUGGCUAUCAUUCAGUUAAACACUAAACGAAGGGAUUUAAUAGGGACACUGAACUUAAAGGAUUACUCCAAGUAACCAUUUUGCCUGUAGUUUGUAUGUCCAGCGUUUCACUUUGAAUCGCUGCACGUACAGAGUUUAAUCUUAUUGCUGUCGAAGGUGCCGGUCUGUAGUGGUCAGGAUAACUUAGAGUAACACUUUAAAAUAAAUAACCCCCCAGUUUUUAACAACGCUGCUCAAAAGUAUCACACUCAAGUUCUACAGCAAAUUAGGAACAGUUAGGAAAGCAGUAUUCGUCAAAAAUAAAUUUAAUAAUAAAAUUGAAUCUAUAUUUGGAUCAAAUUUUCUUAUAGUCAAUUAAAACAAAGGAUGUCGAACUGUCAUGCUACAGUUUGCAGAGAAUAAUGGGAGGUAUAGUCUAUCUGGAGUCUGUUGUACAUCCCUGAACCCAAGAAAUUUAAUUUUAUGUCUUCCUUUAUCUGAACUCCACUCUGUAUGGUCUAUAGCGUUUUAAACACAUUGUGUUCUGCAGACCAUAUGUUUCUUGUGUUUAGUUUGUGUAUGCUUUUAGUAAUAUUUAUUUUGGGAGUGAAGAAUGGAAUGCCUUUUACAAAUCUUGCAGUAAUUCAUCUAAGGCACCAUGAUGCAUGAUGAGGCACCAAACGUCUCGUGACCAGCUAUGGCGGUAUAAUUUAUGGAGGUAUAAUUUACAUUACCUCAGCUAACUCUUGUCUCACGCUGAUGUAUUACAUAAUAUUUAUUGCAUCCAGUCCAAAGUAUUAAUGAAGGAGUUUGAGUGUUUAAAAUGAUAACAUUUUGUAGUGUUUGCACAAAAACACCCUGCCUCGCCAGUCAGUCCCACCCCAUGGAAAAAUUUGAUUAAUUAUCGUAAUCACAUGAUCAGCUGACUUGUCAAAAAAGGUCAUAAUUCUUUAAAUAGUAAAUGUGUGUGCAAGGGGCACACCUCUGGGAUUCUAAGGGUUUAAGGGGUUUUAGACCUUACGAGUAUUCACAGUAACAUUCUUGUGGUCUCUGGAUCCCACAUAUUAUUAUUUUUUUUUUUAUAGUUUUUAUUGAAAAGGUUUGUUUGUUUUUUUCAUAAAAGACAAUACAAUACAACAAUUACAUACAAAUGGUAGGAAACAUUACUUCCAUUUGAAGAAUAUAUCCGUGGAAAUUUUCUUUACGCAUUUUACGAACCAAAAACAAGACAAUACAUUUAACUUGCAUAUCUACAUAUACAAGACAAUGCAGCAGAGGAGAAAAUACAUAUCGAGUAAGACUGUAUAUCUUAUAUUAUCCAAAGUAUAUAUAGCCAAUCUAACAAUGUUUCCCUUUAAAUUUGUAAGGAAUUUAAUUUUGACACAUUUUAUUUGCAGAAAACUCUAUUUUUUAUUUUUUAUUUUUUUUUUAAUUCUUUAUUUUUGUAGUGCCUAAGUUUAGUACAAUCGCUUGGGAAGUACCCCAAAGGCAAUCUUCCAGCGCAUUAUAAAACAGUUAAACAUAGAGGUACAGGAUUGAUCUUGCACAUUUUUAUAAGGUUUAGUUAUGCGGUAUACAGUAUCGAUUGUCAUUACUUAAGCAUGUUCAUAACAUAAAAUAAAAUCUUUGCUUAACUUCUGCUCCUGGAAUAAAAUUAAGAUGCUGUGUCUAGUGUAACGGUGACUAUACCAGCAAACUAGUGUGGUUGAUUCGGUUUUGUGAGUCGCUUAAUUGAAUCUUUUUUUUUUUUUUGUAUUAAACUGGAUUAAGAUGCUAUGGAGCGAAUGUUACCUUUCCGAUGUAACAGAUUAUGUGAGGGCUAGAUUACCCUAUGCUGACUACGAUGUAAAGCAAAACAUUGCCCUAUUUUAUGGUACAUCAGAAAAAAGGUAAAUUGCAUACAUUUGCACACAUUUGCCAGCUUUAGGCAUAGUCAUGUGGAGAUAACUUGGAUUCAAACUUAAAAGUAUUGAGUAGAUCAGGUUAUUGGUAAAUGUAGGUCGCAUUAGCCAGCGUUGUGGGUACAGGAGGUAAAUUUACAUGUCUGACCUAGGUUAGUAACCUGUGCUAGUGUGUCUGGCUUGUGAGGCAAAUGCUCAUUAGUGCAUGCAUGGUAAGCAGGCUAGACUGCGGAUCUAGGUAUAUACACUAAGGCUACAUUAACAUAUGAAGAAGUGAGAUGCCUAGAGUUACAGUAGGCUGACUAAGCGUGUAAAACAUAUCCGAUUAAAGCAAAUAAAGGGUACUGGCAGGUUGCACAGUGCGUUAGUCAAUGGAGGGGGAAAUCACCGGCUUUUGAGUGCGUUUUACGGCUCUCAGUGUCCAGUGCAGCCGGCGGCCGUCCGCCUCAGGUAUUCGGUCCAGUGUUUGUUUCAGCCGAUGCCCCGUUUAGAGAUGGUCUGAUUGCAGGCUGAUGGCUUCUCCAGGGUAGCCGACCCCCCUGUCUCCUGGUCGGUGUUGCGGCCUGUUCUAUGGGUUCUCCUGUGCGGCAGCAUGUCAUACUGGGCAUAGGUCUCUGGAGCCACUGUAGGGCGAGUGGGUCGGGUGCACCGGCGGAUUUCGAAUUGGUGCGUGGGGGCGUUGGUGCCGGUGACCAGGCAAUCUUGCACCGUUUCCCGCUGUGGUGGCCUUCUGCUCCGGCUCUGUCUGGGGGCCGUUCUGGCUCUAGGGGGGUUUACUCCCAGCUGGCGGCGGAGUGCCGGGCGGAUCCAUCCCGCUACUGCUCUCAUCACCUGCUUGAAGGUCAGUCUCCGUGUAUUAAGCUGUGUCCAGAGGCUGGUUCGGAGCCGGUCAAAAAACUCCCGUGUAUGCUUGGGAGGCUCAGUGAGUGGGCGCGUAAUUGUAGGCUGCUUCUGUGCCGCCAUCUUGUUUGGGCCUUGCUCUCUCCGUUUUGCUUUAGACAUCGUCGCUUGGUCAGGCAAUAUUGUGGGGGUAGUCGCCCCCAGCGAGGACCGGGAUAUCCCCCGCCGGUCCAGAGGGGGGGUAGCAGGGCUGUGUGGAAAUCUCGCUCGUGAGUGUGUCCUGUGCCGGGUGAGCGGCCGCCUCUCCCGGACCUCAGGCUUUGCUCUGCCGAAGGCCGCAUGGUCGUCGCGGGUUUCUCUGCAUCGCAUCGGGACCGGACCGGUACCAUUCUAUGUCUCAUGGUGUCUUGGCUCGGUCCCCGGGCACUGUUUGUUGCCAUCGUGGAUAGGUCGCUCUGUGGUAGCCAGUUUAUGCUCUUUAUUACAGGAGCUCUUAGACUGUGCGACCGGCCAUCUUGGCUGUCAGGCCCCGCCCCCCGAAAACUCUAUUUUUUAAUCCGCUCCCAACACUUCGUUCAAACAGUUACUUUUUUACUUGAUUUUUGUUUGUUCAACAUCAGUUCCAUUUUAAUCUGAAACUUAAGCUGGGCUAUCAUUUUUCCAACUUCUCGCAAUCACAAUUUUGGCAGCUAAAAAAAGAUGAAUAAGAAUCAUUUUCAACUCAUACGCCAUUGCCGGCCAGUUUAGAUGAAGCAGGACGACCUCUGGAGAGCCUCAACUCAAGGUUCAGAUCUGCGGACACAAACCUUUGGAUAUUAGACCACAAGUUGUUCAAUUUGUUACACUCCCACCAAAUAUGCUUAAAAGUACCUGUAGCUAUGCCGCAUCUCCAACAUAAAUGGUUUGUUGUGGGGUACAUUUUAUUCAAUUUAUUUGGUACUAUGUACCAUCUAUUAAGAACCUUAAAAUGGGUUUCUAAUAAAUUUAGCGAGUGUAUAUUCUUCGAGACUUCUAUCAGUGAAGAACCCCAGUACUUGAUAUUUAUAUAUAUGUUUAGUUCUUCUUUCCAAGCAGCUAUAGCUAUUGGUAUUUGUUCUUUAUUACACAUUUUACUUAAUAGCAAAGCUUUGGAGAGCGGUUUAUUUAUUUUAUCUGAAUUAAAUAAUAUAUUUACCAUGUUGUUUAAACUAGAUUUUGGUACAAUUAAAUGAGUCGUCAAAAAGCUUUUAAGUCUCAAAAAAUUAAACAGCUCUUUUGAUGGUAAGCUGUAUUCCUGUAUUAAUUGAACAAAGGUUUUAAUUGUUCCUUCUACGAAUAGCUGAGACAUCCGUACAAUUCCUGCCUGUUUCCAAUUGUUAAGGUUUAUGUCUGCAACUUGUUGUUUUUAUUAUCUUCUAUUUGCAUCCUGUAAAUGUGUAAAAUUGUAGCUGCUCUAUAAUUAUUUGAUAUUAAAGGAUAGGCUAAUCCUCCUCUUCCUAAUUUUUGUAUUGGUGUUGAGUGACUCAGUUUUGGUUUCUUACCUUUCCAAAUAUAUUGGGUGAAACCUUUCUGUAUCAGCUCCAACCAAUAAUUAGAAAUAUAUAAUGGCAGCAUUUGGAACAUAUAGUUCCAUUUUGGGAUAACCUGAAUUAACCACGUUUAUUCUUCCCCAGGAAGAUAUUUCUAAAUUCCUUCGAUAUUUUUUUUUUUAAAACCAUUUAUUAAGAUUUUGUAAUAAAUCUAAAAAAUUUCCCACAUUUUAACCACCUUUCUUUCUUUUUCCCCAUCUUCCUUGAUUUGCAGGUGAUCCGUUUAAAGAUGAUCCGUUUGGAAAAAUAGGUCAGUAGAUUUUCAUUUUCUUGCCUCUCUCCCUCGUUGUGACAUGUUAGUCAUUUUAUCUAAAUAGUGAAAUGAAACCGGGCCAGUCACGAGCUGAAGAUCUCUGUACUAGAAUAGGUAGGGUUGCCUGUAGAAAGAUACCCAGUGUGAAAGGAUAAUGUUAGCUAGAGCUGAAUGACUCACACUACUCAUAGAUAAGAUAAAAGAUUUAGCAUUUACAGGCUUUUUCCUCUUUGCAGCCACCUAGCUGUGUUUGCUACUUUUGAUCUGUAAAACAUUCUAAUGUGUGAUACAUUUUUUCGACUCUUAGAUUAUAUUAAAGUGAUAAUAGCACCGCUGGGUAAAAGAACACUAUAGCGUUAAGAAUACAAACCUGUAUUCCUGAUGCUAUAGUACCCGUCCAUAGUUAUAUACAUGUUCUCCAGGGGGCAGUAAAAAUUGCUAAAAUAAAUGUGACUUAUACCAGUGCAGAGGAUCUGGAGGAUCAACCUCUGUUUCCUGCAACGUCAUCAAGGACGUCCUCAAGAGGCAAGACCACUCCAAUGCUCCUUAUCAAAAAGCACUGGGGACCUGAUAGACAUGCACUGUGUGCCGAGUAUGCAUCCAAGCUUCCCUGUAACGUACCUAUGAGCUUCAGCGUCAUGUGACUGUGUUACACUCUGUCAGUACAGCUGAAGUGCCGCUAGUCAGUAUCCGGAAGACAGCCACUAGAGGUGGAUUAAACCCUAUAAUGUAAACAUUGCAGUUUCUAAAUAAUAAACUGCCAUGUUUUACAUUUCAGCAUUAAAAGGAUGAGAUGACUUUUGUGCCCCUUUAAAUCUCUUUUACAGAAUUUUUUUUCAAAGUGAGAUUUAAGGUUACAAUCUACUGAUCUGUGUCCAUGCUGUAUAGGCCAUUGCACGUUAAUCUUGGCACCCUGAUGUUUCAGAACUGCAUUCGCCUUGAUGCAUGGCUAAGCAUGAUUAAAAAUGAAGUGUAGGAAAUCUUGGAUGCUGCCAAGAUUAACCAAUGCAGGAGCACAGUGUCCCUUUAAAUCUGUAUAAUAUCCAAGAUAAAUGAAUCAAAAAAGUAGUUAAAAACCAGGUUGUAAAACUCACCAAAAAAUAUACAAAAAUAUCACACCCAAUAUAUAUGUCCACUGAAAGUGUAAAAUAUCCCACAAACACUGCAGAUGUGGGUAUAUUUUCAAUCACAGUAAUCAAGAAAAACAAAGUAAGAAUUAAUCAGUAAAUUUCUAUCUGCGUUUGCAAGUACGAUGACAGAUUAUUUUUAAGCCAACUAAUUCUUUGUGUUUCUAGUAUGUUUCUAGUAUGUAGCUUGACAUUAUUUCUUGAUGUGAAGUGAUUAGUCUGUUAACAUUUAAGAAUAUUGUGCUGAUUGAAACCAUUUACAUAUGUCAUUGUAUCUACACUUUCGUGCUGUUGAAUAUUUUAGCACUUUCACAAAUAAAGUGUUAUUCUAAUCGUUGAUUAUAUUCAAUGCUUAGAAAUUGGGCUAGUUUUUUUUUUCUCUGCUUUUUACACAUUUUUCAGACCCAUUUGGUGGCGAUCCUUUCAAAGACUCCGAUCCUUUUGCUUCCGAUGACUUUUUCAAACCGUCUUCAGCAGAUCCUUUCACGUCCUCCAAAGGAGACCCUUUCACGUCCUCCAGAGCAGAUCCUUUCACCAGUACAGCAUCUCCUUUCACCAGUACAGCAUCACCGAGCAGCUUUCCCUCAGUGCGUUGUUGUUUUUGUUGUUGUUUUUUUUGUUGUUUUUUUUGUUGCUUUUGUUGCUUUUUGUUGUUGUUUUUUUUGUUGUUUUUUUUGUUUUUAGAUGCACUUAAUAUCUGCUGCUGCUGUUAUUCCAAAUACACUAUUGGGAAUGUUGUGUAUAGUUUAUGCAAUCUUUUAGUCUUCCAAUAGUUUCCAAGUUUUUUUUUUUGUCAAUCUUUUUUUAUUUAAGACAUUGAGGAGAAUCCAAAAAUACAGUAAGGAGGUAGAACACGUAAUCACAGGCAUAUAAUAGUCUCUCUUGGUUCGGAAAAUGAGUGAAGAAACACAAGAAAAACCAAAAACCUCUUGACUGUCGGUCAUAUUUUUAAGACUUAAAGUUAACAGGCUUGGUACACUUAUCACUGCUGUAAUCAUGUAGUAGUAACAGAGAGCAUGUUAACAUGCCAGUAGAUCAAAAGUAAAACGCUAGAUAUCAAGCUAGCAUGUUGGCCUGUCGAGUGGCAGAAGGCAUGACAUGCUAAGUUAGCUGACAGUGUGAGCUGUAUCUGUAGUGCCAGUGGGUUGUUAGUAAUAAUUGAGAACCUAAUAGGCUAAGGCGUAGAACAUGAAAUAUAAAACAAUAAAUUUAAAUCUUGAAUGCAGGGUUAUACAUUGAGUGUCCAGAUAUUAUGAGCGGCUCUGAAAAAUCACCCGCCAGGUUCAUCCAAGGCCACUACUGGGCCACAGUUGAAGGGCAGCUCCACUUCAGGCAUGUUGCUCCCACCUGCCUUCAGGCCAUAUUGCUGCCAAGUAAAUAUGAGUCCGCAAUAAGGCAGAAUACCCCAGUCUCGGAUCCGAGCCGAGCAACUUGCUAGCAUUUCGGAUCUGGACUGCCCGUAUGGGUGGGACCAGUCUGAUAUGCUUCAGAUAUGUUCUCUCUGUAAUGGCACAAGAUGAGCUAAAACCAGCUUGAGUUCUGAGCGGGGACCCACUGAAGGGCAGGCUAUUUUAGCUGCUGUCCGUUCUCAGAAUACUCUUGCGACCCAUUUUUUGAUAUACCAUUUGUCUACUAUGUAGAAGGUGAAACUUAUUUAAAACCAGUUUGGUUUACCCCUCUUCUGGAACAAGGCUGUAAUUUGUCUCUUGUAAUAAGGUACAGAAAGAUCAUGGCUUACUGCCAUACCAUUCAGGAUUGACUUGACCAGUGUGUAAACCUCAUUCACAAUUUGUGUUCAGGAGCAGCUAUUUACAUUGACAUUCUGGAACACUUUUUACUGUCUUUAGAUCUUGUCCUUUUCGUAGGGUGUUAGCCUCUGGUGCCCUAGUACUGUAAAAUAAAAAUGUAUAAAAGGGUAUCUAUUUCUUAAGCAUCUUUGGGGCCAUGAGGAAGUUUUUUAGAUGCACUUAAUAUCUUUCCAGAUGCACUAUUUUAUUUAGUGACGAGCAUGAUCUUCUAUCUUCCAUGAAUUUCCAACUUUGUCCUGUAAAUUGGAUGUUAUAACCCCACUAAAUGGUUUGCAUUUUAUUGAGUUUGGAAUGCCAGGAAUAUAUACGUUCCGUGCACUUAACUGGUGUCUUGUAGUGGAUCCUUGUCUGUGAACGUCUUUUAACAAAUCUUAUCUUUUUAGGGAGCUGUUGUAAAAAAGAAUGACCCAUUUGCUCCUGGUGGAAUUGUGGUCUCCCCAGCCAAUGAUUCCGGUGAGUUGAUGUAACAUUUUAUUUUUGCCGCUUCCUGCUAUGGAUUCUGGCAGGGUUAUUUGCUAAACUGUGAAUUGUCAGGAAUUCUAAAUCAAUCUCGUACCUGAACUUGAAACAUUGCUCCAGUUUUUCUUUUCUGAUUUUUAAAUUUGAGAUUCAGUUAGGCUAUUCUGGCCUUAAAUUUAAAACUUACUUUGAAUUCCUGACAAUUUUCACUUUAGUAAAUUAAGCAGUUUGCUAAUGGCUGGUCCAAAAGCAGAUGGUAUCACAGCUCUGCAUCCUAGAGUGUUGCUUUUGUUUCUACACUGUGCGAGCAUUUUAUUGUCUGACCUUAUACAUCCCUUGUCCUACCCUUCUUUACUGUGUUUCAGUGACCGAGGAUCCAUUUGCAUCUGUGUUUGGUAAUGAGACCUUGGAAAGUGGAUUUGCCGACUUUAGCACAUUGUCAAAGGUGAGAAAUCAUAUUGGAUUCUUUAAUCUGCUUCGCUGUCUCUUCUAAAUAUCUCAACCAAUAGGACAAAGAUAGGAACAAUUAUUAGAAAAAAAUGAAGGCUUGUAAGAUGCUGAUCUGACAACCUGAUUAUAAUUAGGAAAGAUGAAAAACCUAAAUCAUCUGUAGUUAGUGUGAUACCCUCUGGUUGGUGACUGUGGGAACACUGGUGAGUAUUUUAGGAUAAUGCUUGGAGGGAGUCGGUGUAUUUUUUUGUAUUUGUGACCACUUCAGCUUAAUGAGGUGGUCUGGGUGCCUGGUCCAGCUAGGCUUAACCCAUUUUUUCAUAAACAUAGCAGUUUCAGUGAAACUAUGUUUAUGAAUGGGUUAAGCCUUCCCCUAUUUCCUCUAACGGCUGUCUCAUUGACAGGCGCUUGCGUGCUUUAGUGAGAGCACACCAGCGUCCAUAGGAAAGCAUUAUGAAUGCUUUCCUAUGUGACCGGUUGAAUGCGCGCGCAGCUCUUGCCGCGCGUGCGCAUUCAGCUGACAGGGAGGAGAAGAGGAGGAUCGGAGGAGGAGAGCUCUCCGCCCAGCGUUGUAAAAAGGUAAGUUUUAACCCCUUUCCAGAGCCGGGCGGGAGGGGGACCCUGAGGGUGGGGGCACCCUCAGGGCACUAUAGUGCCAGGAAAACGAGUGUUUUCCUGGCACUAUAGUGGUCCUUUAAUGAUGUCAUAAAACAUUGGUGAAAUGGUACAUGCUUCAAAAAGCGCUAACAAUGUAUAAAAAUGAUCCAGAGGAAAGUGAUCCACCUCCAAUCCCAGUAUAAUAAGGUGGUGGUAAAAAAAAAAAAAUUUUGAAAAAAAGAGAAAAUUCUAUAACAUCCUAACAUGUUGUUGCAGGUUAAGGGUUACUCCAAGCAUCAUAACCACUACAGCCUACUGUAGUAAAUAUGCCAGCGGUACCAUAGCCCGGUUUCCCGGAAAUGGGGCAAGCCAUUUAGCAAUGAUCCAUACUCUUACCUGGUUGUCUGCAGGGCUCCAAGGUUCCUAUCUCCACUGCUGAUGCGCUUCCAACUUCUGCAGCUUUCAUGAUCCAGUGUCAUCUGACUGCUCUCAACCAAUGAAUGGCACACUGUGCAGAAUGUGUUUAGCAGAUCAUUUGCGUGGACAUGUGAUAUAACUGUUUAAGUGACAUGAGAAAAUGUCUACUAAAAUACUUCGCUCCCAUUUGUAUAGAUCUAACUUCUGGUGAAGUGAAUACAAUACAGUCCUUGAUUGUUGAAGUAUCCUAGGUUUUCACAUUAACCCCAGCAUUAAGCCUUCUCUGUGCUUUUCAUGUUAAUUGUACAGGUGACUAGCAGUACAGAUGCGUUUGAUGCCACUAUAACCAGCACAGACAAGGAAGUGGUUUUAAGUAAGAAUUUGUUUCCUGAUGAAUCAUCACAGCUUGAAGAUGUCCCCCCAGCACUGCCCCCCAAAACUGGAACCCCCACGCGACCAUGCCCACCUCCUCCAGGUGUGUACAGCAUGCAAGAUAUCUGGCAAGAUUUAAAACUCUUGUGACAAAUUACUUUGAGUCAAAUAUGGAUUUGGCUAGGUUAUAUACAGCCAUGAUUAUGACAAAUUAUGCUUUAUAAUCAUCUGGCAUCUAGAAUUUGGAUGAAUGACAAUUAUUUGUGGAAAAACAUUCCCUACAAAUACAUUUAUUUGUAUAUAUAAUACCUUGUUGGAAGUGCACUCACAGGACUUGAAAAAAGUCCCUAGUGGACUGAAACAUCGACACUAUGUAAUCAACUUUUGAAGCUUGAAUAAAUGGCACAUUUUUGGCAACAGUAUCGAGUCCUAGAAGUGCACUUCCAACAAGGUAUUUUAUAUUUUGAGGUUGGAGUGGCACCUAGGCAAUAAACAAGACUGGGAGCAGGACUGCGGGACCCAGUGUGAAUUUUAUUUAUAUAUAUAUAUAUAUAUAUAUAUAUAUAUAUAUAUAUAUAUAUAUUUUAUAAUCCUAUGACUAUGAUAAAAUGUAAUCUUUCUCUAGAACAUAUAUAAUACCUAAUCCCGUUAAAGAAUUAAGACAAGCUUUUUGUGACUUAUCUCAAUAAACGAAGUUGGUUCACGAAUUAUGUUUCCUGGUAAUUUUCUUUUUGCUCACUUUUAUUACAGGCCUACUGCUUUAUCGGUUCCGGCACACCAUAACCGACUGGUGCUAACUUAUGGAUGUUAUGAUUAUAUUAUGCUAAGAUUUCUCUGUUCGGCCAUAUUGCCCCGACUACAAAUAUGAAGGCUUGGCCUGUAGUUGUGGGAGGGGCUUGGUUCCCCUUUAAAAGGGCUGGCAAUCCACUCCCACCUUACCGUUGCUGGUCUGGCUAGUCAACCCUCCCACCACUCCCUCUAUUUAUAAGACCCUCUAAGGUGGGCCCACUUUUAUUACAGGCCUACUGCUUUGUCGGUUCUGGCACACCACAACCGACUGGUGCUAACUUAUGGAUGUUAUGAUUAUUUUAUGCUAAGAUUUCUCUGUUCGGCCAUAUUGCCCCGACUACAAAUAUAUAAAUAUAUAUAUAUAUAUAUAUAUAUAUAUUUCCUUCAUUAUCACAGAAAUAGAAAGUAAAACCUUGUGCAAAUAAUGUAACUAUUCCAAAAAAUGUAAAAAUUGAAUGUCUACAAUUUAAAAAUACAUUUAUUUAUUUUUAUUGUAGUUCAUACAGCGAAAAAGUGUCCGAGGAAUGCACAUCACAUUUCCUCAAUGUAGAAAAUUAGCACGCAUAUCCUUUUUGGAGACUGUAAGGGCUAUUUGCGGAAAUUGUAAACAAUUGACCACUAAAUUGCAGAUUUGCUGAAGGAAUAGUUGAGAUGUAGAAUUUCCCAUGUGGUUUAGCGGAAAACGCUGUGUAUAGUAUUAAAAUGAACGUUUGAUUUCUAAGUUGUUUCUUGUCGUUUUAUAAUGUUUAGAAAGGAGGCCUUCUUCUCGAUCUGCUGAAUCGUCCGACUCCUUAAGACACAGCGAUUCCUUCAAGCAAUUUAACAGCUUAUUCAGUGAUUCCGAUGUUGAUCCGUUCACUUUUAGCAAAGGCACAGAGAAAGCCAAAAGCGUCCGUUUCAACACUGUAAGUACCAACUCAAGUACAACCCAGAGCCAAUCAGGACUCUAACGUCUUCUCCUGAAGCAGCAGUGUGCGUAUCUGGAUAUUAGGGGAUGGUUAUGGUGUGAUGGGUUUUCUGUUUUGUAAAAUUUGUAACAUUUUAUGGUGAUUUACUAUCUCUUGUAUUGUUAUUUUAAAAAGAUUUCAAGUAAAAGUUGUCAAUUAUAUCUUUGUUGAUUUCCAUUCCUUAUGUUGGUUUUGCAAAUAGCAAUCUAAAACUUUUAUUUUUAUUUUUUAUUUUUAAGUUUGCCUUGCCUUCAAUGCUUUGAAGUGUAUGUGCUUUAUAAAUGUAGAUGCACACGUCUUGCACAGUGACAUGAUGGCUAGGAUAUAAUUUCAUCUUUUAAUAGAACGUAUGUAGAUUACAUUUCUUUAUUCUCUGUCACCACAGAAGUAGAAAUUACAAUCUUGUGCAAAACAUGAAACAUUACCAAAAAUUAAAGCAGUCAAAUAAUGCAUUGCCAGUCCUGAAAGAACACACCAUGAAUGGAUGAUAAUAUACUUGAAAGCAACAGUGCUAGGUACAAGGAAAUGAGAAAACACUGAACACUUACCUGUAAAUACAGCUUAUUAUUAAUUUCAGGUUCAGUUUGGGAGCAGAUUUAAUUUAAAUCAGGCUUACUUAUGAAAAAUACAAUCUAUGGGAGAUAUCUGUACUAUUCCAGCAUAGAAGGAAUUAAUCUUAAUUAUUUCACCAAAGAGGAGUAUUCUUUAAAACUGGCAUAACAUAGUGCCAGCAUGACCUUUGUGUAAAACUGCACUCAGAACUCAGAACUUUUACAGCAUUCUUAAACCCAUAUAGAGAGAUACUCACAUCAGCCAUGGGUUACGAAUCACAUUCUACUCAAAGAGCAUAAAUAUGAAGCCUUUGUUACAGCCAGCAUAAGUGACCAUUUAUGUUAGGAAUAUUUAUACAGGGUUGUUUUCUCACACGUGACGUCCACCGGUGCCUUUCCCCUACCAGGUAACGGUCACAGGUGCCUUGCCGUACCAGGUUAAAGUGUCAGGUAGUUCGUGGUGGAGUCCAUUUUAUGAAAUUUAAAAGAGGUACAUAAAUCCCACAAUUCAUUAAACCUUCACAACACAAUUUAAUGUUUUCAGCCUUUAAAAGUGUGAUUCCCAAAGUAUCAAUGUGUUGCCUAUGUUUUCUGUUUUUUGGGGGGGGGUUAUGAAGAUAAAUUCUGCCUUGGGAAACAUUGCUCUAAAAGCAUGAAUGCACUUACCCAUAUAAUAGAUUGAUUGAAAUGGCCAUGAUGUAACCCUGCGUCAGCCUACGAGUAGCAUCUUCUAUGGUGCUUUGCUGGUAAAUUCAUCACCCAUUGGAUGUCCCUAGGGGAACUGCUACAUGAGUCAAAUUAUGGUCAGAUCUCUUUCCUACCAUUGUGAUAUUCUGUUUAAGGUGCAGAAAUGCCUCUGCAUCAUGAUUCUGCUGCUAUUUAAAGAUUUCCUUCAUGAAGCAUCUUGUAAAAGGAAUACUAUUGCAACAAGACUUGAUAUUGUUAAUGACAUAAACACAUACAGCUAGCUGGAGGGUAGAGACUGAUGGAGACUAUCUACAGAAAAACAUGUUACAUUUAAAACUGUAAUAAUGGGACCUUUAAUUUACUGCACACAGUCUGUGGAGCAAGUCGGGCAUGGGUACCAUUAUCUAGCGAGAAAUACAUAGCACGGUGAAGGACUCUAGAUUGGAAAUUAUACAGUGGCUUUGAAGCCAUACUAACUUUAUUUUAUUUUUUAUUCUUUGUUUUUUGGGGUUUUUCUUUGUAAAGGACAUUUUAUAAUGUAAGCAGUGCCUAGGUCUGCUGUACAUAUCCAUGCUUAACGCUUAAAGGGACAGUAGGAAAAACAAGUGUAUUUUAGAGGGGGGCUGGGGAGGAGAAACCACACACGUGGCCAUAGUGAAUAUUGAGGUCAGGAAUCAAAGAACCUGAAGCUGUAUGUGCUGCUGACACAUCCAGCCCUUGUUGCUUAGACAAGGGUGUAUACUAAAUGAAACCAGAAAGAAAAGAAAAACCAUCUGUUCUGUCUCGAUCUCUCACUAUCCCUCUUGACUCGUGUCUAUGAUUGCCUCUCUGCUAUCUAUAACUAGAUGAAACAUAGAAUGUGACAGCAGAUAAGAACCAUUCGGCCCAUCUAGUCUGCCCGAUGACAGCUCAUUUUCUUAAACUUUACUUGUCUUUCCUUCCUAAAGAUUUUUUACUCCCGUGUCUGUCUCCCUCCAAGUCAAUGGCACUAUCAUCAGUUCUACCUUGCAGGCUCACUACCUAGGUGAUCUUUGACACCAACUUCUACUUCACCCCUCAUGUCCAGUCACUCACCUAAUCCUGCUGCUUCAUCUCAAAAACAUAGUUCACAGCCUCCCCUAUUUAACGCCAGAUGCAGCUAAUUGCUGGUCCAUGCCGCUAUCCUCUCUCACCUUUACUACUGCAAUCCACAUCUCAGUGAUCUUAUAUGUCCCCAGCUUCACCUGUUACAGCCUAUAACAGUGAUGGCGAACCUAUGGCACGUGUGCCACAGGUGGCACGCCAGGCCCUCUCUGUGGGCAGGCGGCCAUAGGUCGUCGGGGGAAGGGGCUGCUGGCUGUUGGCAGCAACGCAGAGUAGGCACCUGUCUGCCCAAAAUGGCAGAUGCCUACUCUGCUUUCCUGUCGGGAGCACCCGGAAGCAGCUCUCCUGUCCUCCUGCAAGCAAUCUGUGUGGAGCGUUGCCACGCAUUACCAUGGCAUCGCUACAAACAGCAUCGCAUGGGAGGACAGGAGAGCUGCUUCCGAGACACAUACAACCACCGGACCACCAGGGAUGGCUGUGUACCCCCUUCUUUCACCAAAGGUAAGAAGGGGGGGGGGAAUAAAGAUUGAAUUUAUCCUUUUUUUUUUUUUUAUGUAUCUUUACCAGCUUGCACUCCUACCCCACACACAGCGCAGCACUCCCCACUCUCACACCACACCCCUCACACAAUGCACUCCACACACACACACACACUGCACCCCUCAAUGCAGUAUGUGUGUGUGUAUGUAUUCAGCAGCCUGUGUGUGUAUGUAUUCAGCAGCCUGUGUGUGUAUGUAUUCAGCAGACACUGUGUGUGUAUGUAUUCAGCAGACACUGUGUGUGUAUGUAUUCAGCAGACACUGUGUGUGUAUGUAUUCAGCAGACACUGUGUGUAUGUAUUCAGCAGACACUGUGUGUGUGUGUGUGUGUGUAUGUAUUCAGCAGACACUGUGUGUAUGUAUUAAGCAGACACUGUGUGUAUGUAUUCAGCAGACACUGUGUGUAUGUAUUCAGCAGACACUGUGUGUGUGUGUAUGUAUUCAGCAGACACUGUGUGUGUGUGUAUGUAUUCAGCAGACACUGUGUGUGUGUGUGUGUGUGUGUGUGUAUGUAUUCAGCAGACACUGUGUGUGUGUGUGUAUGUAUUCAGCAGACACUGUGUGUGUGUGUAUGUAUUCAGCAGACACUGUGUGUGUGUAUGUAUUCAGCAGACACUGUGUGUGUAUGUAUUCAGCAGACACUGUGUGUGUGUGUAUGUACUCAGCAGACACUGUGUGUGUGUAUGUAUUCAGCAGACACUGUGUGUGUGUAUGUAUUCAGCAGACACUGUGUGUGUGUGUAUGUAUUCAGCAGACACUGUGUGUGUGUAUGUAUUCAGCAGACACUGUGUGUGUGUAUGUAUUCAGCAGACACUGUGUGUGUGUAUGUAUUCAGCAGACACUGUGUGUGUGUAUGUAUUCAGCAGACACUGUGUGUGUGUAUGUAUUCAGCAGACACUGUGUGUGUGUAUGUACUCAGCAGACACUGUGUGUAUGUAUUCAGCAGACACUGUGUGUGUGUAUGUAUUCAGCAGACACUGUGUGUGUGUGUAUGUAUUCAGCAGACACUGUGUGUGUGUAUGUAUUCAGCAGACACUGUGUGUGUGUGUGUGUGUGUGUAUGUACUCAGCAGACACUGUGUGUGUGUAUGUAUUCAGCAGACACUGUGUGUGUGUAUGUAUUCAGCAGACACUGUGUGUGUGUGUAUGUAUUCAGCAGACACUGUGUGUGUGUAUGUAUUCAGCAGACACUGUGUGUGUGUAUGUAUUCAGCAGACACUGUGUGUGUGUGUAUGUACUCAGCAGACACUGUGUGUGUGUAUGUAUUCAGCAGACACUGUGUGUGUGUGUGUAUUCAGCAGACACUGUGUGUGUGUGUAUGUAUUCAGCAGACACUGUGUGUGUGUAUGUAUUCAGCAGACACUGUGUGUGUAUGUAUUCAGCAGACAGUGUGUGUGUGUAUGUAUUCAGCAGACACAUAGAUACAUAUAAUUUAUUUGUUUUAAUAUGCUUGUCUUUUACCCUUUAACCUAUUAUUUUAUUUUUUUCCUUUUAUGUUUUAUUUGUUGAUUGUUGGGGCAAUCUAUGUGCUUGCGCUCACCUAUAAUAUUAACAAUCCGUUUAUAAGAUCACAUGUUAAUCUUGAAGGCUGUAGAAGGACUGUGAGUGCCACUUUUUCAGUUUUCACAUUUAUCCAUUUGCCAGCAAGGUAGGACUUCCCAUGUACACUAAAAAUUCUUGAAUAACUUUUGUUUUGUAUUCUUUACUUUAUUGAUUUAAUGUUUUUAUACGUUUCUAAGAUUUCUCUCAGCUAGUGAAUGUCUUUCUUGAAAUCUGCAGUACCAGUCGGAGGAUGAUAUGAUCGAAUGGGCGAAGAGGGAAAGUGAGAGAGAAGAGGAGCAGAGACUGUCGAGGCUGAAGCAGCAGGAACAGGAAGAUAUUGAGCUUGCAAUAGCGCUCAGCAAGUCUGAAAUUUCCGAAGCAUGAGAUACCAAAGGCUGCAGGAAGUCUGGUGUCAUAACUAAAUUGUCCGUUUCUGGGUUGGGGGGGAAACAUUUAAGGUGGUUAAGUCUUCCUGUACUUAAAAGUAUUUAAAUGCCCUUUUAACCCUUGCCUUACUAGAGAGGGCAAAUAUAAUAUCAUGGUCUCUUUGUCAGUAAACCGGUAACAAGUCCUACUGUGCUGUGAAUGUGGCAGAGGAGUGAUAUUUGAUAUUUUGUACACCGUUGGUGCUUCCGAAGCCAUCACCUGUGUUUUGCACUGAGUAAUCAAUGGCUGUGUGUUUUAAAUAGAAAUGCAGUUAUGUGUCCUUAUAAUAUCUUUGCUUUACAGAGAUGAUUUAGCAGUAAUACGCUGUUAUUCUUAAAAAGAAACCAUGAUAAAAAAAAUGUUUACUUUUGCUAAGCUGUAGCAUAUGUUAACAGAUUUCAAGUAUAAAGGGUUAUUGGUCCUGAUUUAAUUUCCCUUUGUCUAGUGUGAGCUGCUGGGUUCCCUGAGUAUUCUACAGUCAGCAGUCUGUCAGUCUAACUGCUUGAAUCACUGGCAAUAGUCUGAUAUACCUGCCUAGAUUAAGACACUGACCUGUGCUCACGGAUUAUAGGCUGAGGUUAAAGGAGGAAUAAAACCCUAACAUUGUUUAACUUAAAGGAUACGACCAUUACAACUUCACAAAGUAGCCCAUAGUAAUAAGUGCUACAGCAUAUAAAAUCUAUUUUUAUAAUGGUUUCUUUUUAAGCCUAAUUCUUUAACUGUUGCCAGAGGGUUCAGCUCGCUCCUCUGUGUUGCUCUCACACGUGAAAUUAUGCUGGAGGAGAUAUUGGGAUAUUUUACUGGUUCAAGCAAUGCAGUAAAGGAAAGAUAAUAUUCUGAACUGGGCGCGCUGGUUAUAAAACGUCUUUCACUCUUGGUGUCCAGAGGCGCAGUGCAUGUUUCACUGAUGCUGCUUAGAAUUAUUACUCAUCCUUUAUUCCCCACCUUGUUUUGUCCUGUCUCUUCUCUGGGAACUUGUGCCUUGUUUUUUCCCAUUGACCUGCAUACUCGAAAGUCGAUGAUGCUUCUGCGAUAUGUUACAACUUUGUUACAAGCUUACAGUCACUGUAGUAUCUCAGGCAUUUUAUUAGUACUUUUAGUUUUUGUUGGUGCCAAAACUUCUGAUUGGAGACUCUGAAACUAAGUGACGCUGCAAGCAUGAACAAAAAUCACAAAUAAUUUUCUUUUAAUCUAGGCUGAGAUGUCUUAUUCCUUCAGACUCUGGACCAUGAGCCAAAAGUGUCCACUCAGUGUGCACACUCAGCCAGCUGCUAAUACCAUACUUGCUUCUUAAAUAUCACAACAUUUUGGGGUUGUGGGGGAGGUUUAAAAUCUUAAUAAGCAGAAUUUUUUUUUUGGUUUGAUAGUUUUUAUUUUUCAUCCAAAGUUUGAUAACUAGAGGUCUUAACCACCAAUAUAAUCGGAUAUAUGCAUUAUAUGUAUAUAAACUACUAUUAUGCUCUUAUGUAUUCUGAUUUAUAAGUAUGUGUACCUUGUUUUAUAUGGCGCAUAUCCGACCGCUUAAUUUAUAACCUUCAUGUUGGUCAUUGUAAAAAAUUUUGUCGCAUGUGUAUCCAAAAGGUAGAUCUGAAUUUGAGGUUUUACAAUCACUGAACAUCUAGCAUUUGAAAACCCCAGUUUUACACAAUCCACCACCCAAUUUUGGUUUAAUAACACAAAAAAAAAAUCUUCCACUCUCUUUGUUCAGAAAAUCUCAAGAUCAUUCUUUUUACCAAAUCAAAUAGGUAGGUGUCAUACAGUAGAAGCCAAGCCAGAUGUGAAAACUCAACAUAUGAAUGUCUUUGCAUCUGGCUACUGAAUCUUGUGACUCUAAUUGGGGAAGCCAAUCAAAGCACAGCACAAUUCAUACAAUUAAAUAUUUGUGUAACAGCAUUACUGUCCUCAAUAAGUUGAAUCAACAUGGACUUAUAGUGGAAUUCUGGAACCAAUGUCGUUGCUGUUAAUUAGUACUAUGUUAGUUUGAUUCAUGCUGCCUACCAGAAAAGUUUAAUGGAACUCAACAGGCUCAGAGCUAUAAAUGGAUUCAGCUUAGUUUAAUUCCAGAUACCAGGCAAUUCCCAUUUUUGAUUAGUAGAAGAUUGUUUUAAUCCCUUAAGGACACCUGUCAUGAUUCCCUUUUAUUCCAGAAGUUGUGUCAUUAAGGGGUUAAAAAGGGUCCGUCCCUGGCAUUAUUAUUUCAGAAAUUAACUCCUUGUGGAGAAAUGAGCAAUUAUGACUGUCAUUGGCCUCCUCUUGUAUAACCUGUUAAACCAAUCUGGUCAAAAUUCUAAAAGUGGAAAAAACAACUAGCACACUCCAUUGUUUCCCUUUGUCAUUGCUCUACUUUUAGACAUUUUCACCGCAUUCACUCAUUUGUUUUUUAACUUUUAGGUCUUUGCAUUUAACCAAAUACUAGUGUUCAUUAAUUAUAAUGGACACCUGGUUUAUUAGGAAUUAACUUGUCUUAAAGGUAUCCUAAUUGUGACAUUUGUGUUAAUCCCUACAUAAGGGGAAACACUGACGUUGUUUUGUCAUGGGAUUAUGGCAGAAGUGAAUGGAUCCGAGGCUGUUUGACAGUGAUUGCUAACAUUUCACUUGUUGUAGUCUAGAUUUUCCAUAAUGGCUGGCCGAUGACUUUACUGCAGAAGGGUUUUCGUAACUGGACUAUUAACAUAAUAUUGUUAAACAAGGUAGCCUCACACCGAAAAAACUGCAGAUAAAGGUGUUUUUCAAUCUUCUUUGUUUUAACUUAAGCUUUUUGGAAGAAUGGGGUUAACUUAUUAGACAUACUUUAGAUUGCAACUUUUUAACUUCCUUGCUUUCGGGAAGUUCCUCUGACUGUAGCUGUCUAUUCUACAGCAUUACUGUGACGUGUGAAUAAUAAUCCUGAAGCACCACUUGCUGUGCACAUUAAAACAGCACCACUACAUUUUUCUCAGACGACAUUAUGACAUUUGAAACCUCUGUAGCAUUUGGAGCCCAUUGCAGAGCCACUCUUUUCAAACUCUCAUAUUGAAAUUGCACAUUACCCUGAAGCAGGGAGAUCUCCUACAUUGAAAGCCUUGGGGGCAAUUUGGUGACCCUUCUGUCAGUUAUGACAAUUACCAACUUAAUCCUUCAGAAUAGUAAGUAAGGAACCACCACUAUUGCGAUAAAUUGUGGUUUUACACGUCAUGAAGUGAAGAAGCUUUUACGAUAGUGACUUGUGUUCUACAUCUACAGUCCAGACCCCUUUAUCGAUACAAUCAAGUCAUUAACUUAAGCCACUGUCAUUUUAUUUUGGUGAUUUUCUUUUUUUCUGUAAUAAAUUGUUAUUUAAUCUGUUUGGAGUAUUUUGAGUAGAACAUUGUAUACAUAGAAUAUGUACAUAUAUCAGUAUUCAGUCAGGCUGAGCAAAAUGUAUUUUGAGUCUAAAUGACAAUGCAUUAUGAACCUGUGUAUGCUUUCUCAUUAACAUUUUACCCAAUAUGUGUUCCCUGAAUUGUUUUGUGUUUGUAAAUACGGAACAAUUGUUUGAGUGUAAAGUUCUGGGGUCGUAGGUUUUUUUUCAUGUUACAGAAUAUUUUUCUUUUUUUUUCUUUUUUUUGAUACUCUGUACCCAUAUAUGGAUGAGUGUGAUUUGUAUUUUUAUCCCGCUCACCCCCAAUCCCAACAAUAAAUGCUAUUUAAAUGUAUACUAAUAUUUUGCCAGAUAUAGAUUUUUUUUCUUCAUUAUUAUAAAUAAUCUGUGGACCAAUAUUAUUAAAUAUGUAUAAAUAUAUAUAUAUAUCCCUAUACAGGAAUUUAAUGGCCUUUUAUCAUAUGUUCUACUGACGUACAGCGAUUGUGUGCUGACAUUUUACCCAUAACCACUAAAACAGACACUUUGUUUUGUUUUUUUCCCUCGGUCCUGUUUAUUGCAGUAAUCACACGCCCCUGGUUGUGUGGUGCCAAAUUCAAUAGAACUGUGAGGUUUAGUGUAGGUUUUAUUUAACGUUGCCUUAUUUCGGUUUUGUUUUUUAAUGUUUCUUUGCAUUUAGACAUUGUAAUUAUUAAAAUAAAAUGUAAGUACAUAAUAAAAUAUAAAUUGAUUGCGAUUGUUUGGUUUAUGAUUACAUCAUGAUCGAAUGUGUAUAAUUACAAUUUUCAUGACCCAUUUCUUGAUCCGAAUUCUAGGAGUAAGCAUUUUUCACGAUCCAUACUUGACGGUUUAUAACUUUCAGUGCUUUACGUACAGAGCUGCUGUAGGUCAGUUGCAAGUAAUAGCUACUCAAACAUGCGGUUACACAUUGUAUGCAAUCAUAGGUGUAAAUAUGAAAAAUAUUUAGAUUUUUAGAAUUCUAUGUGCUCGUAUACAACAGACAUGCAAUAAAGCAGUGCUUAUGUGAUAUCUAUACCAAACAUGUGAUUUAUUGUCAAUAUGUCAUAACCACGGUUUUAUUUUAACUUUUAUGUAUAGACUGAGGUAGUGACAAGUUUUACCAGUUAGCGCCAUUUUUUUUUCUGGCAUGAAUUAUGCAUUUCAACAGUUUAGUUUUUUAUGACUUAUUACUUUUGCUACUUUUCUGUUUAUUUUUUUUUCCCCCCUCCUUUGUGCUGCUUUUUG